UUCGUUUGCAUAAUUCUCUGCCAAAAGAAAAGGCUGAUUGUGUGCAUGUUGCAACAGGGUUAGAGGGGGAAGUGAUUGGUGAAGUGAGAAGAAAAAGCUUAAGCAAGGUCAUUCCUUGGCACAAUCAGGAGAGGCUAAGUGGAUGUAGCAGAGACUAAAAGGCAACCAGGCAGAAUCCGUUUGCAAAGGGUGUCAACCCUUUGCAAGGCUCAGCUAACGAUGCCACAUUUGCUGAGCUAUACUGCUCUGCUUCUGCUAUGGAUAUGUUGCUCUGCGCAGAAGGGUAAGUAGUUGAAUUUUAAACCGAUGCAGAAAAUAGAUCUCAGUGUUCGAACGAUGUGGUUGAUACAUCUGUAUUUUACUUCUCUAAGGCUGCAAUCCUAAAUACUCCUAAUUCAUUGGGAUUUGGCUAUAAGAGUUAUACAAGUUCCAGAGUCAUUCCUUUCAGAUUUCCAUUGUGCAGUUAAAGAUGUGAGUGGUUUGACUCAGCUGUAGUUUCAGGGAUGCUUGAGAAGAGAGCUGUGCAGUGUGACCCUAAACACGUUUAUUCAGAAGUAUGUCCCGCUAAUUCAAUGGGUUUUUCUCUCAUGUAAUUGUUCUUACCAUCUUAUCAAGGUGGGAGUUCUACUAGCAUUGUAACCCACCCUGCCUCCAGAGCAUCAGAAAUGAAGACUUGGACCAUAUUAAGAGGCACUUUUGUGUGCAUGCAUGGUGAUGCUUGAGCCUCAGCUGUAAACCAGUUAGGAGUAAGUUCCGUUGAACACUCUGGAUUGCACUGCAACUUCUGAGUAGACUGCAAAUUCUACAUUGUUAGUAUGUAUGAAAUGGUAGAACCACCCAGCUGAAAAUACUCCGUAUUAAGUAGAAACCAAUUUUCCAUCUCACUGAACUUUGAGAGUGUGUGUUGUUAUGCACAACUGAAGUGUGAAUAGAAAACAAGGAGGCUAAAAGCAGGUAUAUGGAUCCAAGAAAUUUUGCAUAAACAUAGAAGGGAGAGGGUUUUGCAUAUUCAUUUGCUUUGCAAAAAAGAAGAAGGAGAGGUGCCUUUGAUGUCAUUGCUGAGGUUUUGUCUGUAUAGGUAUGAUGACAUAGGGCAGCAUUUCUGUACCUUUAAUGGUUGUAUCAAAGAAGGUAGGUGUAGCUUUGUAGGUGUAGCUGUUAUGGUUGGGGACUGCAUUUGCUGAAAGGUGGAGAAGCAAAUGCUACAACAUGUUGGAAAUGUGGCUUAACACCAGCAGCCUAUAAUGUAUGUAUGGUGGUAUUAUGCACUAUGCAAUGAACAUGUAUGUCCCAAAGCAGGGGAUAUGGUUAGGAUGGGGGAUAACCUUAGAAAAAAUAUUGUUUUGGCAAGCAAAUUCCAGCUGGUCACUAAUGUUUGGAAGUAUUUCUCGUACAAUGUGACCCCCCCACACACACACAUACUACACUGUGGUUUUUCACUGCCCCACAGUUGGGGCCCACUCAAGUUAUUGCCUGAGGUACAGCAGAAAAUGGCAUCUCUCCAUAGUACCUAAGGCCAGUAGAGUUAUUUUAGCAUCUUACAUAGAAAAAAACCCAUAAACACUCUCCUCUACUCUGGGAAGGAAAAUGGAACAACAAUAAAUUAAAUAACUAACCAUUUGCUACCUUUUCAUCGUGCCCAGUAUUAGCCAGCACACUGUGCCAGACAACGGUGGUUACUGUGGGCAUAGAGGGCCACUUUUGCAAGUAUUAUGUGGCUGUUGCGUAGUCAGUGCUUGAAACCUUGUGAGCAUCACUGGGUAGCCAUUUUUGACAGCAUUCCCAUGGCAACUGUAAUGUGUGAACCAGUCCUAAUUUGUGCACUCUGCCUCCAACCCCCCCCCCUCUCUCUCUCUCUCUCACACACACACACACACACACACACCACCAGCUAGAAUAUUCAGAUCUUGCCUUGUAAAUACCCUUAUAUUGCCAUGAACUGCAAACCUCGAUUGGAAGUCGACAUUGGGCAAGAAUGUAGUUAAUCAUUAGUUACGAGAGAGUCAGGCUAUGCUCCUUUUUGUUAGUGCUCAAGUCCAAUUCUUCAUGCUGUGCUCCCAGGUAUAAUGGAACAAAUAAUAUUGUAGACUUCCGUUUAUAUCUGUUGCUCAUCGGAUAUUCUUGUGGGUGGUAAUGGGGAAAUAAGUGAGUAUUUAUGAGAUAAGAAUUCUUCGUCUGCAGUGUUGAUCAGGAUUCCUGUUUAGAUUAAAAUAACCAGGAACAGCAAUCUUUUCCAUGCUGUCAAAUCACAAAGAGUUGUUGCUGAUAACUGUUUUGAAAACCAUUCUUCACCCAGAAUGUUUUCUAACAUGUUCUGAAAUGUUUCCAUUAUAUAAAGGCAAAGGAAGGCAUGCAUGUUUGUGGAUCUUUUUGAAAAGCAAAAUUCAUACAUUUAAAAUCUGAAAAGAAGCUGAAAGCCCAUGGCUGUUAUGCUUCUAAGGCUAUUAGCCAGCAGGGCUGCAUGCUAUGCAAGAGCACUUAGCAGGAGCUAAGCUGAAAUUCCUUAGGACCCUAUUUUCUGAGAGAAAUUUCCGAGAUCCCCCCCCCUUCCCCUCCUCAACUCCUGGCAGAAAAGGAAGGCACCCCCACAACCAAAUUUCCUCUGAAUAGUCUUCACCCUAUUUUUGUGGCAACUUUCACACUUCCCCCCAACCCAAAGCUCUGGCAUGGCACUAGACAUUGUGGAGAAGGCAAAAAUAGUGGGUGGGUUGUCGACACCAUUGCCUCUGCUCCUGUAUAAUAAUAAUAAUAAUAAUAAUAAAUAAUAAAUAAUAAUAAUAAUAAUUUUUUAUUUAUACCCCGUCCAUCUGGCUGAGUUUACCCAGCUACUCUGCGCAGCUCCCAAUCAAAUGUUAAAAAUAGUACAGCAUUAAAUAUUAAAACUUCCCUGAACAGGGCUGCCUUCAGAUGUCUUUUAAAGAUAGAAUAGCUGCUUAUUUCCUUCACAUCUGAAGGGAGGGUGUUCCACAGGGUGGGCGCCACUACUGAGAAGGCCCUCUGUCUGGUUCCCUGUAACCUCACUUCUCGCAAUGAGGGAACCGCCAGAAGGCCCUUGGCGCUGGAUCUCAGUGGGGCUGAAUGAUGGGGGUGGAGACACUCCUUCAGGUAUACUGGACCAAGGCCAUUUAGGACUUUCAAGGUCAGCACCAACACUUUGAAUUGUGCUCGGAAGCGUACUGGGAGCCAACGCAGAUCUCUCAGGACCGGUGUUAUGUGGUCCCGGCGGCCAGUCCCAGUCACCAGUCUAGCUGCCGCAUUCUGGAUUAAUUGCAGUUUCCGAGUCACCUUCAAAGGUAGCCCCACGUGGAGCACAUUGCAGUAGUCCAAGCGGGAGAUAACUAGAGCAUGCACCACUCUGGCGAGACAGUCUGCGGGCAGGUAGAGUCUUAGCCUGCUUACCAAGUGGAGCUGGUAGACAGCCACCCUGGACACAGAAUUAACCUGCGCCUCUGUGGUUUAAAGUGACCACAAUGAGAAGCCUAAGAUAGAAAGGAAGGAAAACAUUGUGCUACUGCUAACAGUGAGUCUCACUCCUAUUAGAGCUGACUCCUGUUGGAAAAUGUCUUCUCCCUGUGAUGAAAUUUGCUGAAGUGGCCCUUCCGUCUUCUUCAGCCACAACUGAAGUGGAGAAUUCCAAGAGACAAUUUGUACAGGGCUCUAAAUUAUAAUGCAAGCCUGUGAGGCCCAGUAAACUAGAUCUCUCUCUCUCUCUAUGUCACUGUAUAAAAUUGCCUCUUCCUUCUCUCCACUACUCCCCUGCUAUCACAUCAUUAAGGCUGUGGUGCAAGUAUGGGAACACUUCUCAUGUGUACAUGCCCCGAAGCCCAGUCCCUUUGGCUCUUAAGAGCUGCUGUACGAAACGAAAGUGUUUGCCCUGAGGGGAGUGGGAGAGAGCUGUCGAACCAGCUGCAGUUGGUAAAAAGGCAUUUCUAGCCCCCGAGGCUACUUGAGCCUCUAGUGGCAGAACUGGAUGCAGAAGAACCCCCUACAAAGUGCAAGUCCUUUCACAGGGAGUGUGACCCCAUUCAAGGUAGGCAACCGACCAAUUUCUCAGACAUAGGAACGACUCACCCACAGUGCCAGGAUUCAAGCUCAGCUUGUUUUUCCGCAUCCAUUUCACCACUGCGUCCCGGCAGUGGUCCAGGGACUUUGCAGCCUCUCCUGAUUCAGAUGUUAUGGAGAAAUAGAAUCAUACAAUCAUAGAAUCAUAGAGUUGGAAGAGACCACAAGGGCCAUCGAGUCCAACCCCCUGCCAAGCAGGAAACAGAGUGUCAUCUGCAUACUGAGGGCAUCUAACCCCAAAACUCCUAAUGACUGCUCCCAAUGGCUUCAUGUAGAUAUUAAAUAGCACUGGAGUGUAAUAGUUCCAUAUAACACCGGUCCUGAAAGACCUACAUUGGCUCCCAGUACGGUUCCAAGCACAAUUCAAAGUGUUGGUGCUGACCUUUAAAGCCCUAAAUAGCCUUUGCCCAGUAUACCUGAAGGGGUGUCUCCACCACCAUCGUUCAGCCCAGACACUGAGGUCCAGCGCCGAGGGCCUUCUGGCGGUUCCCUCACUGUGAGAUGUGAGGUCACAGGGAACCAGGCAGAGGGCCUUCUCAGUGGUGGCACCCUCCCUGUGGAACGCCCUCCCUUCAGAUAUCGAGGAAACAAACAACUAUCUGACUUUUAGAAGACAUCUGAAGGCAGUCCUGUUUAGGGAAGUUUUUUUAUGUUUGAUGUGUUAUUGUGUUUUUAAUAAUCUGUUGGGAGCCAUAUAAGUAAUAAAUUAUUGUUAUUAUUAUUAUUAUUAUUAUUAUUAUUAUUAUUAUUAUUAUAUCCCCUGCGGCACCCCAUAAAGUAGCCACCAGGGGCCCAAAAGCUAUGCUACACUCUAGACUUGGUCCUAAAGGUAGUAUUGGAAGCACUGUCAUACCACAAUUCCCAUUCCCCAGACUUGGUUCAAGAGGAUGUCAUGGUCUAUGGUCUCAAACACGGAUGACUGAUCCAGAAGCUGGAACAAGGUCAUAAUCCCCUUGUCCCACUCUCUGCAAAAAGGUCAUUCAUCAGUUUGACCGAAACGGUGGCCAGGUCUGAACCCAGAAUGGAAUGGAUCUAAAUAAUCUUUGUCCUCUAAGAAUGCUUGGGGCUGCCCCACCACGGUCCUCUCCACCCCCAGCCCUAAAGGGGCUUGUUGCAGUUGGUUGCCACACCCCCUGCCCCCACCUGCCUUGCCCCACCCCCUGUUCCUGGGACUCCUCAUGAAGGAGCUGUCCCUGAAGGAAGAACUGUGAGGGCCUCCUUCCACCUGCCUUGCUCUACCCUCUAGUUUCUGCUUCUCAAUGUGUAUUGUAUUAUUUUAUGUAAUGUGGCUUCCCAUUAUUUUAUUGAUUACAGUUUAGAUAUUUAUUGUAACUGCUGAGUGGAUUUCUGCUUAACUUUUAUAUGUUGAUAUUAUUAUUUUAUACUAUUCUAAAGAUUGUUGAAUGUUACUUUUUUGAUGUAGGUUGCCUAUUUUAAAGUUGUUUUAUUAUCACAUUUUUGUAUUGCAUUAGAUUGUUAUAAGAUGCACAUUUUUUGUUUCUUCAGCUUGUAAACCGCCUUGAGUAUUGUAAGAUAGAAAGACGGUAUACAAAUUAAAAAUGAUGAUGAUAAUGAUGAUGAUGGGCCAACUGCAUUGCAGGGGAUUAGACUAGAUGACUCUGGGGUCCCUUCAAACUCUACAGUUCUAUGGUUCUAUGGACAGGGGUCUAGGGGGCACGUGGUCGGACACAUUGCCUUGACUACAUCAGCUGAUUGCAGAAGGUGAAACUGACCCUGCAAAGCAUCCUCGAUAACAGCACUGCAUACUGUAUUGGCCCAAAUAUAAGACCCGCUUCAGGGUGGCAGUGCUAGGAGGCAGGCGCACUCACUUCCGAAUAUAAGCCACACUUUAACUUUUCACAGUCGGAAUUUGGAAACAAAAAGUGUGGCUUAUAUUCGGGCCAAUAUGAUAUUUCAACCGGAGCUUCAGCAAGUGCAGAGUCAAGAUCACUCCAAAGUUGAGUGACUUAAUCCUCAAAGUGUGCAGCCAGUUGGUCGCAGUGGGUCUUUGGGGGAUCCACAGGUUCCUCCCCUACACAACACAUUCCUUCACAUGCUACUUGUGAGCUUUCAGUGGGAUAUCACUGGCUGCUGUUGGAUACAAUGCAUUCGUGCAAACAGCCCCAUAGGAAAGAUUCUCAUCUGCCUUGCACUUUAAACGCUAUUGAUUGCCUGCAGAAUGGAAUUUGGGCAUUCUCAGAUCGUGCCCAGAGGUGUAGCGGUGUUAGUCUCUUGCAGCAAAAACAGCAAAGAGUCUUCUGGUGACUGGAUAGCUCAGUUGGUUAGAGCAUGGUGCUGGUCACACCAAGGUUGCAGGUUUGGUCCCCAUAUGGGACAGCUGCAUAUUCUGACAUUGCAGAGAGUUGGACCGGAUGAUCCUCAGAGUCCCUUCCAUCUCUACUAUUCUAUGACUCUAACUUAAAGUAUAGCAUUUAUAAUGCCAUGUACCUUUGCAGACUGAAGUCCAUCAAAUUCAUGAAGUGUCAUUGAGUUGCAUGGUUUGUUGGGGAGAGGUGGACCUGUAAAUAGUGAGGUUGGAGGCAAAAUGGUGAUGAUGAUGCUAUCGGCCAGGACAAUUUGCAAAAAAUAAUUACUCACAUGAUUUCUCAAAUCAUGAAAAAGUUGGAGACUUUUUUUUUACAGAGAAAUAUCCGCAUAUCAAACAAAAGAAACAAAUCUUGAAAAAUAAGUAGAAGAAAACAAGUUUGAAUGGGUCUUUCAUAGUCUUUAGUCAGACAGUGCAUCCUUUGGAUAGUAUGACUGCACCCUCUAGUGGGAGCCACAGUACUAUAUAAAAUCCAACUGCACACUUGAAAAAGAGAGAGCUGAAUCUUUUUUCAAUAAUAGUCUGAGGCUAUGUUCCAGUGACUACAAAUGUAGUAUUAAGUCAGAUGAAUCAGUUUCAUUCCUAAACCACUGAGCUCACGUAGCCUUGUGUAGGAUCAUGCCGUUCAGUUAAUUGAUUGGCAGAGCAAUCUGAAUUGCCUUGCACUAGUCUGAUUUUGUAUGGGAUGUUAGGGGAGGAAGAGUACCUCUGGUAGGGGGCAAUCGUGCCUGUUCUGGGGUAGUUUGACCAUAGUUGGUCUCCACCCUGCACUCAGCUCUCGCCUGUGGCUCCUAGAAUAAGACAAGCUCUAAUGGAUUGAGUGGAUGAGGCCAACAGUGGGUCCAAUGGUCAUGAAGGUGAUUUCUGCACGUGCUGUAGAAAGAAGUGAGGGGCAAUGAAGUUUGUCUAGGACAGCGGUUCUCAACCUGUGGGUCCCCAGAUGUUGUUGGACUACAACUCCCAUCUUCCAUAGGUAGCAAGGCCAGAGCUCAGGGAUGAUGGGAGUUGUAGUCCAACAACAUCUGGGGACCCACAGGUUGAGAACCGCUGGUCUAGGAGAAGGAAGUCUCUGAUCCUAAACCUCCACUGCCUUGUGGGAUGUCUUCAGGAGAGGAAAAGGCUAAGCAGUAAACACUACACAAAUCCGGAGUAGAGUCCCUAAUUUGGUUGAAUGGCACCUUGUACACCUCCUUCCGGCAACUCCUGCAGCCAGGUUGGUGCUAAAAGUAUUGCUCUGUUUUCCUUUGGACCACAUCAGCAUGGCUAGUCUCAGCAGCCCAGGCUUGCACACCACAGAGGUCACUUCAGUGCUGCUAAUGUGGCAAUCUAACUUCACCCCCCAGAAGCAGACUCCAUUGUCUCUCGAGACAGACGGAUGCCAACAACCUUUAAAAUCCUCGGCCAGUAAAGCGAGAUGAGCAUCGCAACCCCAGAGUCAUUCACGACUGGACUUUACUGUCAGGGGUCCUUUACUUUACUUUAUUGCAUUGCAUCUAACUGGGUGGGGUGUAGGUCUAAGAAACUUAAUUCUUGACUAAGCCUCCCUGAAGAAUACUCCUGGAACAACCUUUUUAGACUCAAAUUAUCUUGAUCAAUAUUAGCCCGUUAUUACUGUCACCUUCCUGGGUAAGGUAUUCAAGUGAUUAGUGUCCUUGCCGAAUUAGUGUGUUGCCGAAUAAGACCAGUAUUUUGUGACAAUCCCAGCAACGGGGUAUUCUGAACACUUUCCACUGAUGGACAGCAACAUACUUUCUGUUCAAACCUGACUUAUAGUACAAUGAAGGGAGGUUAGGUAGCAAUCACAAUUACGAAGCCAGCGUUUUUAUUGCUUUAUUCAUUGGAAUCCUCAGUUCUUGCUCUUUUUUCUUCAGAUACUUUAAAUGUUAGUGUACAGGACCUGGAAGUCAUGCUUGAUUGAUGCUUUCCCCCCCCCUCACUUGUAUCUAGGUGGAAAUGACUGUGGACCACCCCCAAGAAGAGACCGUGAAGAACUUGCAAAAUUACCAGGCAAACCAUCCUAUUCCCAUGGGGAAGAAGUAAUCUACAACUGCCGGCCUGGAUACAUAAAACUUGGGCGUCUUAGAUUUCAGUGCAAUGAUGGAGAAUGGGUGCAAUCUGUACCACAUGUGGAAUGCAGGAGUAAGUAAAAGCAUAACUUUGUAGAAUUCAGAAUCACAGGCAAUUGAAAUAUUUUGAGCAGUUAAUUUUUUUCUCUUUGUGAUAAUCAUUGGGAUGACUCACUUUUUUUAGCAUUCUAACAGAGACCACAAGGUUCUAUUUCAGUUUGUAGGCACUAUCUCUCUUUUUUUGUUUGACAUUUGGAUUCCAUUAUUUGUUUCCACUCAGAGAGGUGGAGAAAUAUUAUCGUUUUCCUUUUUAACUGAAAGCUGAAUGCUACCUACACUACUUCUCUUCUCCUUCUUCUUUGGUGAUCACUCAUAGCCAAGUAAGAUUGUCUUCCAUAAACAUGGUUUUAAAAGUGAGUCUGUACGUGACUGUGGAGGCCAGUUCUGGAUCCACACGUCCUUCCACAGUGGGGACAUAGGUUUCUGGGUGGGAGUUGAUCACUGUGAGGGUUUGCAAGCGUGCCUUCCUCUUAGCGCAUUUCUCUCUUUCAUCCUGAGUUCAAGCAUCUUCAAAGCCCGUGACACCUUUGGUAAAGGCUGUUCUCCAAUUGGAGGGCUUGCAGGCCAGUGUUUCCCAGCUGUCGGUGUUUAUACUACAUUUUUUAAGAUUUGCCUUGAGAGAGUCUUCGAACCUCUUUUGUUGACCACCAGCAUUACGCUUUCCAUUUUUAAGUUUGGAAUAGAGUAGUUGCUUUGGAAGAUGAUAUUCAGGUAUCUGCACAACAUGACCAGUCCAACAAAGUUGAUGUUGAAGAAUCAUUGCACACACAAACACGGACACACACGGAAGCUGAGGGCCAAAUACAAUGUUCUGAAGAAAAGUUGUUUGCCACCACAAACAGCUUCGUAUCUCCCUGGUUAUGACUUCUAAAAGAAGGUGCUUGAAGCAACUUAAGACUUCCACCCCAAUUUUUCUACAAGAGGCACCUGGUGAAUCAGAGCAGGAGUGGGGGAAUUUUGAGCUCAGUGAUGUUGAAUGUCUUCUAUUUCUUCAUGGAGAGACAAGAUGCAAGGCUGUUCUUCACAAUCUCAUAUAUUCCUCCUAACAUUGCAUGGUUCUCAAAUGCCAUGUUUUUCUAACCAGAAGUGUUAUAAUGCAUUACAUUUCAUUUUUUUUAAUUUUCAGAAAAGCCAUGCGGACAUCCUGGAGAUAUUCAGUCUGGCUCUUUUGAUAUUGUUAAUGAAAAUGAAUUUGUCUUUGGCGCUCGUGUUGUGUAUCGAUGUGAUGACGGGUAAGUCUCCCCUCCCUCCUUCAGAUAUUUAAUCAUGGUAGUAUUUUUAGGACAGCUGCUUUAUGAUUAAAAACUCUACUGAUUUUUAAAAACUCAUUAAAAAAAAGAGAACAUCAGGUGUAUAUUAUAUUCUUAAAUGGGUGGUUGUACUUGGGUAGUGCUGGGGUGCCUGACUGCUCUUGGGCUAAGGCACCCAUUUCACCAUAAGGUAUUUCAGUCAGAAGAAAACAAGUGGCUGCAAAUUAUUUUUGUCAACUUUGCCUGGUGUGCAAGCUGCAGCUGUUCCUGAAUAUUCGUAUCAUCCCUAGAAACAACUAGAAAAUGCUCUUUCUUUUCCAGAAGCCUCAUCAUGUUUCAAAGUAAUAUUACAGAAGCUGAUGUAAUUCUGAAGCUCAUGUAAUUCUAUAGUUUAAAAAAGUUUCAGUUUAUUUUUAAAAAAUCUUCCAGGUACAAGAUGCUCAGUCAUACAAAUUACCGGGAUUGUCGUGCAGAUGGAUGGAGCAAUGAUGUCCCUCAUUGUGAAGGUAAGUGGACCUUCAGAGAUCUUGACUGAAAUUCAGAGUACAUUGGAAUUGUCUAAGGUUCUCUAAGGUAGCUUCCACCAAUUCUUUUAUUCCCUUUCUCCUUUGUUUUGAAGGCUGGGGAACUCAGAGGAGCUUUCCAGGGUACUGCAACCCUCUGUGUAUUUCUGGAUGUUCUUUUUAUGUGUGCAGGGGGACUGAAUCUGAGCCUUUGUCCUUUAAUUGUUUUACUUGGAGCAAGAAGCAUUUCUCUUUUGUUCGCACAGCUCCCAGGAUUCCAUAGUGUUAUAAAUUUGUUGGUGCCAGACCACCAUAAUCUCCAAGCUGAGCAAGUGUUAGAAUUCAAUGAAGGCUUGGGAUGUUAAAACUGGCUGCCAGACCCAUGUGUAUUAGGCUGUAUGCUAGGCACUUCGAAUCCCCUGGAAUCAGCAAGUGUUCAAAGCUAGUUAAAUUCAGCUAGCCUCCUGUGUUGAGAUGGGCCAUUAAGACAACAAAGGUCAAGGGAACUCAUUGUGAGAUGGCAAUUGGUUGGGGCCUCUCCCUCAAAGAUAAAGCCACAGAGCUUAGGUUAGAAAGGUUAGAGUUAGGUGUUAUAUGAAGGAGAAGCAGAAGAGCUGGAGGGAGAGCACAAUAUUUGAUGCCUGUUUGAAACCAAAGUUGGGUCUAUGGGAGACGCAAGACCCAUUUGGGUGUUGAUGCUGUGAAUCCCUCCAUCAUAGACUCAAGUUCUAUGUAUGUGUAAAUAAACCAUGUAAAACAAAACAGCACAGUCACCCCUGUGUCUCAUUCCCAAAUUUUGAGAAUCUAUUAAUAUUGGUCUACUUUUUUGUGGAGGAAUAGUUUCUUUGCUAAUGGAAACAUUGAUAUAGCUAGUGAUUCAUACUGUAGAUAUUGAAGAUUUACUGAUUUUAAAAGGAAUGUUUGGCUGCUGUGAUAGCCAACACUUUAGGCUAUAAAUUGUAUGUUAGGGCCAAUGGCAAAGAUAAGAAAAACGGAACAGAAAAUCUUGUGUGUAUUAAAUCCACACACAGCCAGGUUUAAUUUUGAUAGAUCUGCUCAAUAAUUCAGUCUGGGCCAGAUGCCUCUCCCAACACAGUGGAGAGAGACAGACGGAAAUAAUCAGAAAAUGAUGGGGGAAUUGCAUUUUCUGCAUUCCUCUUCGGUUGAUAAAUAGUACACUUGAAUGUCUUCUGUUGAGUACAUUCGUACCUUGGAUCCCAAAUGCCCUGGAACACUUCCGAACACCACAAACCCAGAAGUGUUUGUUCCAGUUUGUGAACGUUCUUUUGGAACCUGAACAUCUGACAUGGCUUCCGUGGCUUCUGAUUGGCUGCAGGAACUUCCUGCAGCCAAUCAGAAGCUGCAAUUUGGUUUUCAAAUGUUUUGGAAGUUGAAUGGACUUCUGGAAUGGAUCCCGUUCAACUUCCAAGGUACAACUAUAUUAUGGUUGUAGUAAUUAUGCUACGCAUUUUCUACUGUUUUUCUUGAUCACCUUCAAAAAAUAUCUUGCUAAACUUUGCAUGACGUUGUUAUUUGUUUUAUAGUGACAAAGUGUUUCCCAGUAAAAGCACCAGAAAAUGGAAGAAUCCUUAUGACUGGAGUACAAGACUUAGACCAGGAAUUUCUGUUUGGCCAAGUGUUACGAUUUGAAUGCUCUGCAAGUUUCAAAAUCCAGGGGUCCGAACAAAUCUUUUGCACAGCUCAUGGAAACUGGAGUGAUGAUGUACCAAGAUGUGUAGGUUAGUUGAGAGGAGGGGAUAAAAUGAACAAUCAAAAGCAGCAGAAGAUAUGUUAAAGCUCAGUGCUUAAAGCUCCUUUUGCAUGCCAAAAAUUAUCACCAAAGAGUUUGUAUAAAAUAAUAGGGCUGUUCAUUAAAAUUAGAUCCAUCAAUUCCAUACCCUCCAACAUUUCUCUGAUGAAAAUAGGGAUGUUCUGUUGCAUAAUAUUAAUUUUACUAUUUAUACCCCACAUAUCUUAUUGGGUUGCCCCAGACACUCUGGGCAGCUUCCAACAUAUAUAAAAACAUAAUAACAUUUUUAAAACUAUACAGGAUUAGCUAAAGAUGGCUCGGGGGUCAGAUAACUCCAUACCCUCCAACAUUUCUCUGAUGAAAAUAAGGACAUCCUAAGGAAAAGUGCCAACAAAGGUCCGUAUAGUUAAAGCCAUGGUUUUCCCAGUAUGGAAGUGAGAGCUGGACCAUAAAGAAGGCUGAUCGCAGAAGAAUUGAUGCUUUUGAAUUAUGGUGCUGGAGGAGACUCUUGAGAGUCCCAUGGACUGCAAGAAGAUCAAACGCCUCCAUUCUUAAGGAAAUCAGCCCUGAUUGCUCACUGGAAGGACAGAUUGUGAAGCUGAGGCUCCAAUACUUUGGCCACCUCAUGAGAAGAGAAGACUCCCUGGAAAAGACCCUGAUGUUGGGAAAGAAGGAGGGCACAAGGAGAAGGGGACGACAGAGGAUGAGAUGGUUGGACAGUGUUCUAGAAGCUACAAACAUGAGUUUGACCAAACUGCGGGAUGCAGUGGAAGACAGGAGUGCCUGGCGUGCUCUGGUCCAUGGGGUCACGAAGAGUCAGACACAACUAAACGACUAAACAACAACAACAACAACAACAACAGAAAAGUGGGACAUUCCAGGAUCAACUCAGACACCUGGACAGCUUCUCUAAAUCAGGGACAUUCCUGGAAAAUAGGAACAUCCCUGGGAAAUAGGGUCUGCAGUUCCCAUUAGCUUUACCUAACUAAAUCAAUGAUUUAAUGAGUCUUUGAAUUUAUUGAUGGUGUGUUAACAUGUGUGCCUUAUCACAUGUGAUGUUCAUGUGUACAUGUGCCAUCAAUGGAAGCAUGUCUUGUGAUACUUGGGGGUGAGAAGAUGGUUCACCAUGGGGACACUUUCUUUUUUACAGUAACAGGGGGAGAUCAGCAGUAUAGGUACAAAACCAAGGAUUGUACAUAUUUAUCACAGAAGAAUAAGCAGUAAAUGUGCAACUGCCUAUAACUAUGACCACAGAGUGGAACCUGAAGAGAAAGAGAGGGAGGUGGGGAAAGCUACUGUCAUGUUAUAAAGCAAGAAGAGGUUGCUAGGAAUCUGGCACACUGUAAUAGAGGCCUAGAUUUCAUGGAACAACCCUGACAUGUAAAUUAAAGGGAUUUUGUACAUGCAUAGGUUCCUUUGAGCCCGACAUGGUGUGGUUUCGAAAGCAAGCAACUUGGAUUCUCCUCAACGUUCUCAGUUCAUUGAAAAAUAGCUUUAACGGGGAGGUUUGAGGCUUCCUGUCCUCUCUAGGUACCUGGCUAGAAUGUAAGUAAAUGACAAAGAUGGAGGACAGGCAAGGGUAAAAGGUAGAGAGAGAGGUGAGGGGAAAGCUGAACCAGGCUGGAGCAAUCUUGAUGAGGUCCAGUAAAGACUGAAUGAAGAUUGAACAAUGGGGGCACUCUUAAAUGCUUUAUUUCCUUAAAAGGUGGGGGGAUGUUACUUGACACAACAGACAAGCCAUCUACAAAAAAGAGGUAGGGUGUUUUAAGCUUCCUGUCACAGGUAGUUUAAGAAGCUGCUUGAGCACAUCGUUCUCAGCCAUUGGUGCUGAGUGAAAAAGUAAGAGAUGAGUGUUGUUGUUUAGUCGUUUAGUCGUGUCCGACUCUUCGUGACCCCCUGGACCAGAGCACGCCAGGCACUCCUGUCUUCCACUGCCUCCCGCAAUUUGGUCAAACUCAUGCUGGUAGCUUCGAGAACACUAUCCAACCAUCUCUUCCUCUGUUGUCUCCUUCUCCUUGUGCCCUCCAUCUUUCCCAACGGAGAUGAGUACUUUGUGCAAAUUGGAUAGAGUACCUCUGCCAUCCAGAGUGUCAUGUUCAAACCUGGGGAUGGGGCAACUAGCCUUUCCAGAUGCCGGCUUGUAGAGACAGUGUUUUUGGAAAGGCCAUUUUUGUUCUCACCUGGGCUAAUGAAUGGCCAAAUAUUGGAUUGUGGCCAGGCACAGAAGCAAUCCAGUGUAGAGCAAGGCAUUUUCACGCAUCCAAAAUCCUUAGGCAAUGAGGGCAAGCACAAUUCCAGCAGGGGAGGAGAGGCAAGGUCACCACAGCUCACUUCCUUUGUUGUGCUUCUAUGACAUAGGCAUUCACUUUUCGAGGAAACAAGUCACGAUGCUCAAGGGAAAUGCUCAGGAUGAUAGGGAGGCAGUUGCAGUCUACCCUUGUUGCAGUCGCCGGUAGGGGAGCAUUGCUUUCCUGGCAUCACUGCCAGUUAGAGAAAGGGGAAGGGGAAGGCAGUGAGGAGCUCAGCACAGUGCAGUGGCAGUGCUGGAUUGACUCUGCCACUGCACCUGUGUCACAACUCCCCACUGCCUUGCCCCCCACUCUUGGUUGUUGUUGUUGUUUAGUCGUUUAGUCGUGUCCGACUCUUCGUGACCCCAUGGACCAGAGCACGCCAGGCACUUCUGUCUUCCACUGCAUCCCGCAGUUUGGUCAAACUCAUGCUGGUAGCUUCAAGAACACUGUCCAACCAUCCCGCCCUCUGUCAUCCCCUUCUCCUUGUGCCCUCCAUCUUUCCCAACAUCAGGGUCUUUUCCAGGGAGUCUUCUCUUCUCAUGAGGUGGCCAAAGUAUUGGACCCUCAGCUUCACAAUCUGUCCUUCCAGUGAGCACUCAGGGCUGAUUUCCUUAAGAAUGGAUGCAUUUGAUCUUCUUUCAGUCCAUGGGACUCUCAAGAGCCUCCUCCAGCACCAUAAUUCAAAAGCAUCAAUUCUUGGUAGUUGGCAGCAAUGUAUGAUAUUGGGUAGCCCAGGUGAGCAGUGCCAAACCAUCCACACCAGCUGGCCAGCCACAACUCUGUGUGUGUGUGUGUGUGUGAGAGAGAGAGAGAGAGAGAGAGAGAGAGAGAUAUAUAUAUAUAUAUAUAUAUAUAUAUAUAUAUAUAUAGUGACAAAUUGUCAGUAAAUGUUGGCUAAUAUUGUAUGGCAGUUUGCCUAACAUACACAUUUUUGCAAAGCCAUUUCCCCCUACAUAAUGCAUUUUUGUAUGCUAUUUUCCAAAUAUGUAUGUAAUUUAAUCCACACAGUACCCUAGCAUAUGCACCUUUCUACACAUCAGUUGGCCAGAGAACUGCAUUGCAAAAUUCAGAGCAGUGAGAAUUUCGAAGGAUUUCUGUGUUUUGGUUUCUGUAUUUUUUUGCGACGGCAAAUAACAUUCACGUUCAAAUACAGAUUCACCUUCAAAUAUUGGUAGGAUCAAUUCAUAUUUAAGCAGCUAGGAAAGGUUGUUAAAAGAGAAAAAAGUGGUGUGUCAUUGUGACUCCUAAAGAUUCUUUCAACACCUAGGAAACAUAUGGAAGCUGUUGAGAAUAUUUUAUGUCACUGGGCUUGAAUCUAGUUCACUCCUGAAUGAGAAUAAUGACUUCAGUUCUGCAUUUCGCCUGCUCUCGUGCGUGAUUACGUGACUCCUUCUGAGUUCUGGCACCUUAGAAAUGGGAAUACAGUGAAUUCUUCAUGGAAGAAACUUUUUAGAAACAUUGCAUUACAUCUCUUUUUGUUACAAGUUAACACCUCGUUUCCUGAGAGCCAGUGUGGUGAAGUGGUUAAGAGUGGUGGACUCGUAAUGUGGGGAACCGGGUUCGCUUCUCCGCUCCUCCACAUGCAGCUGCUGGGUGACCUUGGGCCAGUCACACUUCUCUGAAGUCUCUCAGCCCCACUUACCUCACAGAGUGUUUGUUGUGGGGGAGGAAGGGAAAGGAGAUUGUGAGCCGCUUUGAGACUUCUUAGGGCAGUGAUAAAGCGGGAUAUCAAGUCCAAACUCUUCUUCUUCUUCUAAUGCAGAAAUUUUGUUUGUAUUUUGCGGUAGAAAUUACUUGCCAAGAAGAAAACAUCGAUCAUGGAUAUAUACUAAACCCAAAGAAACUUUACAAAGAGGGGGACCGAGUGCACUUCUCAUGUUCUAAUGGGUACAAGCAUGCUGAGAGAUCGGAUGCUACAUGCACUCGGAAUGGAUGGAGUUCAAGACUUGCGUGCAUAGGUUCGUAUGUUUCCAGUUCCUAGAGCUGUCGUCGUUUCAGUGUAACCCUGUGCAUGCUUACUUUGAAGUAAGCCCACUCUGUUGCACAGCUCUCUGAGGGAAUUGUGCACAAGAUUGCAAUUUUAGUCAAGUGGAUUGGAUUAGAUGAUUUAAAAUAGAUCAGAACGUUGUCCUUGGUGAAUCGGGAGAAUGAUUUUUACACCUUUAAAACUAUGCCAUUUUGUGUUUUAUACCGGUAUUUAUUUACUCAUCACUCACAUCUUGCAUAUAGGAGGGAAUGCUCCUUCUACAGUGGUGUCCGGAAAGGCACCUAUUAUUAUUAUUAUUAUUAUUAUUAUUAUUAUUAUUAUUAUUUUGAAUUUAUAUACUACCCAAUAAUCUGGAGGUUUCAGGGUGGUUCACAAAAAACAUCUAUGACAGCAGAAAGGGAAGAGAGGAAGAUCUAGAAUGGCAUUGGCAUGUUGCAGCACUGUGCUUAUAUUAUUUUAAAGGGGAAUAAUAGUUUGGUGAUCCAAGAACAGAAUACGUGUGCUUUUGUUCCUUUUCAUCUGGUGGCUAUGGUCAUAGGAGCAAAGGAAGCUGCCUUAUCCCCAUCUAGCUCAGUCUGGCUCUACAUGGUUUCAAGACAGGGGUCUGUCCCAGCCUGAUCUUCAGACACUGCCUGGGACUUUUGCAUGAGCUUUGACACACACACACACACACACCCCGAUUCAGAAACUGACUGAUUUAAAAAUACGUAUUGUUAAUCAAGUAAGUUUCCUUUAGCAAGUUCUGCUGAUUCUGGUUUUGCAAUCUUUUGCUAAGAUGUUUAGAUGUGAAUUUUAAUCUGUUCUUAUUAUACUGUUUGUCAGGGGUUCAGGGAGAGAGGCACAGGGUAGGCAGGAGAUGGAGAGCGAUGGGGAGGAAUUCCAAGCCAGCGAGGAAGAGGAUGACAAUGGCUCAAGAGAUUCCAUGAGUCUUUCCAGCGAAUCAGAGGAUUCCCAGAAGGGGCGCCGGUGGUCAAGGCCAGGAGCCCCAGGGGGACGUGUCAGGAGCAGGGGGCCAGCGGAGGAUCCCAAAGUGGCAGCUGGGCGUCAGGACCAGCCUCCCCACCAGAGUGCAGCGAAGGGGUGGAGUUUCCAGUGUGUCAGAGGAAGCAGCUCCGGCAGCAGAGAAAGGAGGGGGUCAGAGCAAGCCGCCCUCCCGGAAGGGGAGGGAGCAGUGAAGGGAGUAGUGUAACUGUCAAAAGGAAAGUUAGAGGUUUGGCGCGCGCCUAGUUCAAAUGUAGAGGCGCGCGGAAGUACAGGGAGCCCGGAGGAGGGGCCAGGUCCCAAAGCCCGCAGGAGGGGGGAAGAGCAGUCUGAUUCCGCGUCAGAGGAAUCCAGGAGGGGCGAAACCCCAGCGGGCAGAAGGACCCUGCGGAAAAGGAAGGAGAGAAAGAGGUGGAGCAGCGCAAGUCUCUUAAAUUGGUGCAGGGGAGGGACUGACUCAGAGGGGACUUCAGCGGUCUAAGCGUAAGAGACGUGAGGCUGCGCGCCUAGGAUGUCAAGCAAACAAUGAACUGCAAUAAACACCUUUGUAUAUAAGAAGACAUAGGCGUUGGUCUUUUGUGAGCUGAGACUUGAGGCAGCCUUGACACUGUUAUUUUAUCUUUUUGAAAGUUUAGAAUUAUUAUUAUUGUUUACUUUCUUUUUUUGCGAAUUUAUUUGGGUUUUUCAAAUUAAAUUUUACAAUAACAUACAAUAUAGAAACAAGAUUCCACAGAAUCUAACCCUAACCCUAACCCUAACCCUAACCCUAACCCUAACCCUAACCCUCCUUUGUGGGUCCUAUUGCUAGUCCUUUCAUCCUGCAUCUUUUACAAUAAUCCAAAUCUUUUGCAUCUCCAUAAAUUUCCCCCAUUCCUUAUUAAGACUUUGGUCUUUGAAAAUAUUGCUUUUCUAUCUUACUGAAAAAAUUAUUAAUAUUUCAUAAACCGCUUUGAAGUUUGUUUUUAACAAAUAAUAAAUACGUUCUCAUACCGAUGUACUGAAUUAUAUCUAGCCAGGGAAAGAGUUUGUUGCUUGAUCUGUUGUUGACCAAGUGUCCUCCUUGUAUUCCUCCAUAGAAAUUGUCUGCUCCCAACCCCAAAUAGAAAAUGGCGACUACCAUCCUAAGCAGAGUCACUAUGAAUAUCAAGACACAAUCGAAACACAGUGUGCGUCUGGGUAUCAGCUUCAGAACCGCCAAUCCACUUCCACGUGUACAGAGACGGGGUGGUCUCCUCCUCCGAUAUGUAUUCGUAAGUAGCUUUCUCUUUGCAGUUUCAAAACAUGAACAACUAGCAUUAUAUGCAUCCAACUUUGUAGUUUAUGAAUUAUAUGCUCAUCACGAUGAUAGUUGAGGUGUGUGUGAAGGAAGAGCCAAGAACCUCUACCUAUUGCACUAUGACUGGAGGUGAGGGGCUGUGCAUGGAGGCACAUGGGGUCCCUUGGAUGGAGGCUGGGGUAUUCACAGUCAGAGUAUAAGGGGUCAGAUUUUUGCCCACUGAAAUGUUGUCCCCAAGUACAAAGUUUUAUUGCCGUCAUUCACAAAUAUAUCGGACGAAAUAAUAAUAAUGAUAAUAAUUUAUUAUUUACACCCCGCCCAUCUGGCUGAGUUUCCCCAGCCACUCUGGGCGGUGCCCAAUCAAGUAUUAAAAACAAUACAGCGUUAAAUAUUAAAAACUUCCCUGAACAGGGCUGCCUUCAGAUGUCUUUUAAAGAUAGGAUAGUUACUUAUUUCCUUCACAUCUGAAGGGAGGGUGUUCCACAGGGUGGGCGCCACUACCGAGAAGGCCCUCUGCCUGGUUCCCUGUAACCUUACUUCUCGCAAUGAGGGAACCACCAGAAGGCCCUCGGAGCUGGAUCUCAGUAUCCGGGCUGAACGAUGGGGGUGGAGACGCUCCUUCAGGUAUACAGAAAUAGGGAUGCAGGCACAUCCGACUGAAUGUCUGCAUAGGCUCGAGCUUUUUGCAAAGAUUUGAUUUCAAUGCUUGCUAAAAUAUUGGAGUUCCCCGCACCAUUACCCUAUGUCCUUGUUCUAAGGGUCAAAAGCUUAUCUCUGGGCUGGAGAAGACUGUGGUCUUCAAGCCCCAGCAAACUGUCUUUCCCCAGCUCUGACUGUUCCUGGCAGCAAACGUGGGUCUGGGGACCACCGGCAUCUUCUGCCACAGUCAUCUAUUUCUGUUUUCAUACACAGACCAAAGAGGGAAACCCAGAUAAAAUUCAGACACUGAUACACUUGAGCCAAAUGUGCAUCCUCCAUUAAACCAGCCAGCCCAAGGAAAAUAGCAAGUGGAACAUCCUGAUUUAUUUAUGUUUGGCUUAACCUUUUUCUCAUCUUCUCCAAAGCAAAGAACUGUGACUAUAUUCGGAUUGAGAAUGGACAACUAUCUGAUACCUAUGAACACUGGAAAGACUACUAUUUUCCAAAAAGGGUGGGGCAAACAGUUGACUAUCGUUGCAGUUAUGGUUUUCUAUCAAGAAAUAAAGAUACAUGGGGUAGAAGUUCAUGCACCAAAUUCGGCUGGAGUCCAGAACCAAAAUGCUUCAGUAAGUUAACAUUUCCCUUGCAUUCUCAACUUUGAUCAGAAAUGGAAAUGACAAAAUAUGCCUCUUCCGAAAGAUGUGGAAGGAAAAUGUGUAACGCGGUUAAACAGUGAGUAAUCAGAGUGGAAAACUUUAAAAUUUAAUAUUAAAAUGUCUUCAUAUGGCACCAAAAAUAUAAUAAGCUGAGUAACAGGUUGACCCAUUUGGUAGUGGCGAUUGUGUUCCAUAUGUGGGGGGUGGGGGCUGAUGGAAAGGCUUUCUGUGUGAUCACCACCCCUUGAUAUCAGUGGAAGAUCUUGGCAUUUGGGCAGGUGACUAUGGACGUAGGGGAGGGUUGAAUCAUCUUAAUCUCUCAUCCUUGUGAUCGCCACACAAGUACACUGUAAGUCCCUUCUGUCAAUUGCCUGUGUAAUAUUUUAAGACAAAAUCCUAAAAAUACGCCUAUUCUUUAAAUAUAAAAAAUAAUAGUUAUAAUGGUAUUUGAAGGGGUUCCUUGGUACACUUUUUCCUUUAACAAAAAAUCUAACUGCUCAAGUUUGGUGUAAUAAGCACCUGGCGGCCAUAGUGCUUUAUGAUGUGACACUCCUUCCUGGGUAAUUGUAUGGAGACAAAAAUGGCUGCCCUCCGAUACCUAUGGAGUCACCUCUCCUUUUCUCUAUACGUCACACAUCACAAUGUGUCCCAUCCCCCCGCUUCCAGGGGCCUCUAGUUAGUGAUGGACAAAUCUGUUAGUUUUAGUUUCUUUGGGUUUCUAAUUUUUCCAAUCUUAUGUUCAUUUCUCCACAUUUCCACAUCAGUUUAUUGGUUUGUGUGGUGUGGGUGUGUGUGUGUGUAGUGACAAAUUGUCAAUAAAUGUUGGCUAAUAUUGAAUGGCAGUUUGCCUAACAUACACAUUUUUGCAAAGCCAUUCCCCCUACACAAUGCAUUUUUGUAUGCUAUUUUCCAAAUAUGUAUGUAUUUUAAUCCACACAGUACCCUAACAUAUGCACCUUUCUACACAUCAGUUGGCCAUUGCAAAAUUCAGAGCAGUGAGAAUUUCGAACGAUGACUAUGUUUUGGUUUCUGAAUUGUUUUGUGAAGGCAAAUAACAUUCACGUUCAAAUACAGAUUCACCUUCAAAUAUUGAUAGGAUCAAUUCAUAUUUAAGCAGCUAGGAAAGGUUGUUAAAAGAGAAAAGUGGUGUGACACUGUGACUCCUAAAGAUUCUUUCAACACAUGAAGGGGUCCAUAAAAGACCUAUUUUAUGAAUCAUAUUGUGUGUCUAUUUUCUACAUCUAUAUGUUGCAAAAGCAUAUAGGAGAACUUUAAACCAAGUCUCUUGAGUAAUGCACCAUCUAUCUUGAAAAUAAGAUUUCAAUUGCCAAAAUAUGUGUCAAUCAAUGAUGUAAGCUUUUCCCUCCCUUUUAGAAAAAUGUGAUAUUCCUAGACUGCUUGCACAUGGUACAUUCAAUGUCCAUACUUGGCAGGAGUUCAUAGAAGGUGAUGAAAUUUCGUAUUCUUGUGAGGUUGGAUAUGAUCCUAUAAAUCAACAAGCUAAGGCCGUGUGCACCAAAAAUGGCUGGUCACCUACUCCACGUUGUAAUGUAAAAAGUAAGUGUUAUUCAUGGAAUCCAAUUUGACAAUAUAGAACCUGAGAACCCGGAGCCUGCCCUGUCUUGCUGUGAACAACCAGUACAUUAUAUUAUUUUCUUGGACUUCUCACAGUUAUAGGAAAGCUUAAGGAUGUGCAUGUUUGCAAAUCUCAUGUUGAUUUGUAAUGAGUAGCAGAGGAAAGAGGCCUUUGCAGCACCUAUCUCUUCUGAACAUCUCUUCACUGGGUGAAGCAAUCACAAGCAGUCUGGGUACUUACCAAACAUGUGGUAGAUGGAGCUGAACCUGGAAGAACUUGUUUAAUAUUUGUACUCAAAGGGUGGGACUUCUAACAGGCUGUGGAAUGAACCUUAAAGUCUCUCUAAAACCUGAGCUACAUAACUUAACCAGACUAGAUCUCAGUUGAGAAAUUUAUGAAACAUUGUAGUGGACUUCACAAGAAGCUGAUUCUUAGCUAACAAAGCCCACCAUAAUUUAUGGGUUCAUGUAUCUAAUAUGUUCCUUUUCCUCAUUAGAAAUAUGUCGACCCGCGAAACCACCAAACGGCUUUUUCACUGAAAGAAGAAACCAAUAUAAUUUGAAUGACAAAACAUCAUAUCGCUGUCAGCCUGGCUUCACAACUCCACAAGGACUUGAAACGGGAGAUAUACAAUGCCAUGAAGAAGGGUGGAAGCCUGAACCAAAGUGUAUCAGUAAGGAGUUUAAAGAAUCUUGUAUUAUGGAUGAAAAAUGGGUUGGUUUAGACCACACAUUGGAAAAGUCAUUAACUUAAGCUUAAAAAGCAGUCUGCUCUGAUAACCAUGUGCAACCUGGCUAAACUCUACACAAUAUGGACUUCUUCUGUCUGUUUCCUCCAUCUUCUUUCAGUGGUAGUAAUUUCGAAAGCAAAAUAUUGAGGAACGUAUUACAACAGGAGACUCAAACUAACAACAAGAAGUUGUUUUCUUGCCAAUCAAUUGAUGAGAGACAAAGUUCUAGGCCUCAUUGAUGAAAUGCAAACUGGCAAAUCCAUCCUAGAGUAGUCAAAGAACUCAAAUGUGAAAUUGCUGUCCAUUUAGCUACAAUAUGUAACUUGUCCCUCAGAUUAGCCUUCAUAAUGAGGCCUGGAAAAUAGCUAAUGUAUCUCCAGUUUUUAAAAUGGGAUCCAGGGAGAGCCUGGAAGUUGUAGUAGUAGUAGUAGUAAUAAUAAUAAUAAUAAAUUUUUUUUAUACCCCGCCCUCCCCGGCCAGAGCCGGGCUCAGGGUGGCUAACAUCAAUAAAAUUACAAUAAAACAUAAUGGGGGGGGGGACAAACAAACAAACAAAAAACCAGUUUAUUAAAAUACAGGUUAAAAUACAAUUUAUAAUGCAGCAUUAUUUUAAUAGUAUCCCAUAAAUCUAAAACACAAGGGGAGGGAAAUAUAAGGGUCAGACUGAGUCCAAACUAAAAGCCAGGCAGAACAGCUCUGUGUUGCAGGCCCUGCAGAAAGAUGUCGUCCCUCAGGGCCCUAGUCUCUUGUGAGAGAGCGUUCCACCAAGUCGGGGCCAGUACUGAAAAGGCCCUGGCCUUAGUUGAGACCAAUCUAACCACCUUGCGGCUUGGGACCUCCAAAGUGUUGUUAUUUGUGGACCUUAAGGUCCUCCGCGGGGCAUACCAGGAGAGGCGGUCCCAUAGGUACGAGGUUAAAGUUGCUUAAUUUCUGCUUGCUUAAUGCCUGUUCUGAGGAAAUUUGUGGAAAGUAUUGUGAAAAAUAAAAUAACCAACCAUAUAGAAAAAGAAAUCUUGCUGAAGUAGAAACAGCCUGGCUGCUGUAAGGGCAAAUCCUGUCUCACCCACUUAGUAGAGUUCUUUGAGUGUGUUAGCAGGCACAUAUGAAUGGUGGUGAUCUGGUUGACCCCUUGGACUUUGAAAAAGCUUUUGACAAGGUAUCUCACCAAAGACUCCUAAAUAAGCUUGGCAGUCAUGAAAUAAGAGGUGAAGUUCCUUUAUGAACCAGGAAUUGGUUAACCAGCAGGAAGAAAGAAAUGGACAGUUCUCUGAAUGAAGGGAUUCAGAAAGUGAAGUCCCUAAGAAUCAGUAAUGGGACCUGUUCCUUUUAACUAGCUCAUAGACAAUCUAGAGUUAGAGGUGAGCAGUGAAAUGGCCAGGGAAGCUGGUGAUACUAAAUUGUUCAUGGUCAUUGUAACAAAAGAGACAGUGAAGAGCUCCAAAAGGGACUCUCCAAACUGAGUGAAUUGGUGGUAGAAUGGCAAAGGCAAUUCUAUUUAAACAACUGUAAAGUGAUGCAUAUUGGGGCAAAAAAAUCUUAAUUUCACAUGUAUGUUCAUGGAGUCUGAACUAGCAAGAUUUUAGAGCAUGUAAACUGAUGCUAUAAAACCAAUCAUAAAUAUAAUUCAUUCUUUAUUUCCUCAGAGACAUGCCAAGUACCAACUCAAAAUAAUGUAAUCUUUAACACAAGUCAAUCGGUUUUCUUGUUUGAAGAAACACUUCACUACAAAUGUAAAGAUGGGUUUGAAACUAUUAAAAAGGCCACAGGUGACCAUGUAGUAUGCACAGAGAAUGGAUGGAGUCCAAAUCCUGAAUGUCUACGUAAGUUAUAAAAUACCAUUGUUUAAUUACCAGUAUAUAACACAGCCUUGAUAUAAUUAUAUAACACAGCCUUUGUCAAUCAAACAAGGUUUGUUUCACUGAUGUUUUCUAUGCGGUUACAUACACAGGCCACUAGUUUAUAAUCUUUCAGAAGUAAGACCUCCAAUUAUCCUAGAUAUACACUUUAGGAUUAUCUAGUAUGUCAUAACCAGCAAUACUCUGGUUUCUCUUCUGAUAUUGCUAUAACCAGCAAUAUCCUUUAUUUUCUUCAAGUAAUUUUCUCCCAGUGAUUCCUAAUGAUUUUACAUAACUAAAAUACCCCAAGUUGGCAUACAUGGGUGAUCUAACACUUCCAUUAAUAAUGAUCAGUAAGAAUAUAUGUACUCAUCUCGGAUGUAAUAAAGUAAGAUAUGAAGCUGGAUUUUUAGCAAUCUGAUUCUGUAGAUGAAAUUGCUACAUAUAGGAGUCAGGCAACUUGCUCUGUGUUUAACAAUGUGUUUGGCUUGCUCAGAGUUCAUAGAAAACAUCUGAGAAUAAAAUACCCCAACUGAAGCACCUUUUUGCAGUGGUUCCUCCAUCCAGGCAGACUGAUAAGAAUCCUUCACCUGGAAUGUAAAGAAUGAAGAAAAAACAAGAAGAAAGCAAAAAGUUAAUGGAAUAUAUCCAAGCUCAGGUUGUUCAAAGCAUUCACACCAUCUUCUAGAUUAAGAGUAGCACCAGCAACUCACCUGAGUGUGCCAGUUGUUGUUGUUGUGAAAAAAUAGAAUUUGACUUCUUCUAGAGAGAUUUUCAGGCAUAGAAAUUUUGAAGGUAUGAGGAAGGUGGACUCACCCAAUAGCUGAGAAACAUGGCAUGCUAUCUUGUUAAAGAUUUAUUGGUCUCCACCAGUGGCGUAGCGUGGGUUGUCAGCACCCGGGGCAAGGCAAGUAAUUUGCACACCCUAACCCAUGGAUUUGCGCCCCCUAACCCUAACCCCCAGAUGUUGCGCCCGGUGCGGCUGGCCCCCCCUGCACCCCCCCACACCACGCCACUGGUCUCCACUCCCAGGGGGUCAGAGGUUAUGCAAGCCUGCAAUAAGUUUGAUGAACAUUUGCAAAUGUUUUGCCCAGCAGGUUAAUUUCAGGCAUGUUUGUUUUGAAAUGCACUUAAUUAUAUUCAAUCUGCUUCGCUCAACAUUUCCUUUAGCAAUACAUUGUGAUGGUUUCCUUCUGGAGAAAGGGCAACUUGACCCUAGAAAAAACCAAUAUCAGCACAGAGACGUGGUGAAAUUUUCCUGCCGCGGAACCUACAAAAGAGUUGGGCCUGACUCUGCCCAGUGUUAUCAUUUUGGAUGGUCUCCACAGCCCCCAACGUGUAAAGGUAUGCAAUUUUUUUUCAUAGCUUAUACAAAAAGUAAAUAUCAGUGUGCUUGUUACUCGUAAAAAUUUCCUGGCAGCCUUUUCUAAUGUUUCUCCCAAGCCUUACUGGGGAAGAUUUCACUGGCUAGUGGAUAGAUAUAUAUUUUUUGUUUAGUCUUGUGUGGUCAAUGGAAUAUGGAAAGGAGGUGACGCCAAUGGCACUGUGGUCUCAACCACUAAGCCUCUUGGGCUUGCUAAUUGGAAGGUCGGGGGUUCAAAUCCGCACAAUGGGGUGAGCAAAUUAGCUGCUGGAGUUUGGAUUACAUAUCAAUAAAGGCAGCUCCAUGUAUAGCAAUGGAGGAAGAAUCUGUUUUAAACAGAUUUAUGUAGGGAAUUUGCUGGUUCCAACCUGAUUGAGAUUUGCUCACAUUGCACUGCCUAUUGCAUCGACCAGCCAGUUAUGUCCAAGCUGUCUCUGCGUUGCUGAGUUUUGAAAGAGAAAGAAAAUGCCUGAAAUGAAACACAAAAUUGUAUGGGAAAAUAUGGUAUGUUAUACAUGCAAUAUACCCCAUUAUAUAGUCCCAUUUGAUACAGGUAAAUUUCAUCAUAUGCAGGGGUUACAUUCCUUGCUACCAUGUGUAUAAGCAAAAUUAUGUAAAGCAGGAGUAACCCCAGAAUGGCCCUGUGUGAGCAUCCCUACCUAUUUGUAGCCGGGGCGGGGGGUUCAGCAACAUGGCAACCAUUUCCCCCUGGCUUCCUCUACGCAGUUGUUGGUAAUGGGUGAAACUAGGAGCUACAUAAGUAGUGCUGAUCAUUUGAGUCUUUCCCACAUCAAUGACACCAUCCAUUCCACACAACUGGCUGGAACUCAGCGCAUCCAACAUCAUUUCAUAAUUGUGAAAAUUCUAUGUGGAAGGAUGUGCUGUCUAGACUUAUUUUGAGUCAACAGAUACAAGACUGAAGUGAUGCUCUCUUACUUCCAGCACGAGUCGAUCCUUGUCAGCCACCCCCCAGCAUUUCGGAUGGCAGUAUUAGCGGUGACCUUAAGGAAAAAUAUGAACAUGGAGAAAAGGUGGAAUACAAGUGUAAUUUCGGAUUUGCAGUGACUGGAUCAAAGUUGAUUGAGUGUUUGGAUGGACAGUGGACAUCUUUACCACUCUGCAAAGGUAAAUUACAGGUGCAACUAGGCAUGUUCACAGGGCAAAUGCUAUGAGCAGAUAAAACUGUUUUUGUUAACUCAGCAAAGUCCACCAUGCGCAUAUAUUCCACUAGGAUUUCUUUUCUAUUUACAUGCUGGAAUUUUCUGUCCCAGAAGUUUCCCAAGUAGCUGGAGAAGAAAAAGGUCUGCUGAAGGGAAAGUGGAGCGUAACAUUUGAUGUCUCCAUUUGAAGCAGAAUCAGACCAUCUUAAGUGUCUUCAUGCUUUGCUUUAUCAUUGAAAUGCUAUGUUUAAACUAAAGCUCCCAAAUGUGGUAUAAAAGAAUACAUUUCUAAAUUCCAGUCUUAAGUUUCCAAUGCUUGGGACUGGAAAUAAGAUCAAAACUGAACAGAGAAAAGUAACAACAAAUCAAUGCUCAGUUAUUAAGAAUGAAGUUAAAAUCAUACAAGCCAUAAUAAUAUCAAAGUCUGCCUCUUCAUUCUACUUCUGCAAUAUAUCCUGAUGAGCUGAAAAAUGAAGAGCUGCCCUUGGCAUUUUUUAUCUGGCGUGUAGGAGAGGCUGAAGAGAAUGAGCAGCCAAAACAACUGGGACUGAGAUUAUAGUUUUAAGAAAAUUAAGAACUCAUGUUUUGUUUCACAUCAUUUCCUUCUGUUUUCAACAGAGGAACCCAGAGCUUGUGAAGUACCUCCAAAUAUUAGAAAUGGACGCCCUGUCAGUGUUGACUCAGAUAGAUAUCUGCAUGGCGAAACUGUGGCAUAUGAAUGUAAUGAAAGAUUUUACAUUGUUGGAACUAAAGAAGCUGUGUGUCUGCAUGGGCAGUGGGAGUUACCAUUAUGUGUUGGUAAGUAUAAUGGUAUGGGGUUGCUCGUGCGUAAGUUGCCGCCUCUCCUGGCUAUGUUGCCUUGUUAAACCUUUCUGUCUGGACAGCCCUUCAAUUCGUGGCUGCCUCAGUCGCUAGCAGAAUCCGUCAGUGGGCGUUUCUUAAACCUUUUCCAACAUAAAAGUUGUUUGACACCCAGUCUCCUCCUCCUUUCUCUGCGCGGAAGUCUUCUGUGCAGGGAGUGGAGCGGAGGACCAGUGCUCUCCCCGCUGGUGUCCGGUGAAGAGUCUGGGAGCCCCCUCUCCAAUUCCCCCAUCUGCCCCUCCUUAUUCCUGGUGUUGCACUGAAUUGCUUCCCCAUCUGCUGAGCUGCGUCUCUCCCUGCUGGGCCCUUCUCCAGCAUCAUUAGAGAGCCUCCCCUCCACCUCUAGCUCCGAUGUCAGUUCCCUGACAGUAAGCUAUUAUUAUUGUUUAUUGAAUUUAUAUACCACCCUACACCCAGGGGUCUCAGGGCGGUUCGCAGAAUAAAAUCAAGAUAUAAAACCACAAAAUACAUAAUAAAAACAGAAACAACAAGCCAAUAGCCUCCCCCCCCAAAAAAAACAUUUUAAAAGGGUAAAUCAAAUCAACCAAAGGCCUGGUUAAAAAGGAACGUUUUUGCCUGGCGCCUUAACAGUGUCUAAUGAAGGUGCCAGGCGAACUUCCCUGGGGAGAGCAUUCCAAAAACAGGGAGCCACUGCAGAGAAGGCCCAUUGUCGUGUUGUCACCCUCUGGACCUCUUGAGGAGGAGGCACAUGAAGGAGGGCCUCAGAAGAUGAUCUCAGGGUAUGGGUAGGUUCAUAGGGAAAGAGGCGGUCCUUGAGGUGUUGUGGUCCUGAGCAGUUUAAGGCUUUAUAGGUCAAAACCAGCACUUUGAAUCGAGCCCGGAAACUAAUUGGUAGCUAGUGCAGUUGGACCAGGAUCAGUGUAAUAUGCUCAAACAGCCUUGCUCCAGCCUGGCCACUGAAUUCUGCACCAGCUGAUGUUUCCAAACCGUCUUCAGAGGCAGCCCUACAUAUAACGCAUUGCCGUAAUCUAACCUUGAGGUUACCAGAGCAUAAACAAGAGUAGUUAGGCUAUCCCUGUCCAGAUAGGGGAGUAGCUGGGCCACCAGCCGAAGCUGAUGGAAGGCACUCUGGGCUACCUGAGCCUCGAGCGACAGCAAAGGAUCCAGGAAUACCCCCAAGCUACGAACCUGCUCCUUCAGAGGAAGUGUAACCCCAUCAAGAGCAGGCAACCUCCCACCUAUCUGGUCUAGGAAACCACCCACUAACAGUAGCUCAGUCUUAUCUGGAUUGAGCUUCAGUUUGUUGGUUCUCAUACAGUCCAUUACCAAGGCAAGGCACUGGUCCAACACUUCCACUGCCUCACCUGGAGAUGUAAAGGAGAAAUUGAGCUGAGUGUCAAGCAAAUUACAAAUUACAAAUAAAUGCAACUCAUAUUUAUAUAGACACUUUUCAUAUUUAAUUGCCAUUUAUUAACAUAAGCAAUUAUAUGCUUGUGAUCCAUUGGACGGGAAAUUAGACCUAGUGCCAGGAGACUUCUGCCACAGACAUACUUUGUGGUCUUAAUCAAGUCUGUUACUACUUCUUCACCUCUGCUGCCCUAUAAAAAAUGGCAAUAAUUAUGGUUUCUCCUCCAAAACUGCUGCAAGGAUUGACUGCAAUGAAGACUGAAAGGCGUAUUGGAAAAUAGAUGUGCAUGAAAAAUACCAGUGAGAUUUUCUAGUUGAUUAACUCCAUUUGAUUGUGAUUUGCUAACAAACAACUUUACUUGAACAAUAUUUGAAUUGUUAGAUGUUGCAGCAAAGUGUACACGUCCACAGAAUGCAGAGUUUGUACCAUUUGCUUCUCUGGAGAAAACGUUUAUGCACAACAACGUUGUAACCUACAUCUGUGGUUCCAAUCAACAUAAAACAAAAUGUGUUAAUGGAAAAUGGUCACCUGAGCCAGAAUGCACAGGUACAGUUUUGCAUGCUAUAUACAAAUGCAUGGUUUCUCAACUUGAGUGACAGAUGUGGCCACUGGAAGCAAGAGUGGGACAGACCUGUUCAGGAGUGCCUUCCUGGGUAGGCUAGACUCAGCUCCUUUGGAAAGAUCACAUAAAGCUUCCUUUAAGAUUGCAUGAAUUCUGCAUGCCUUAUGUACUCGGCUGGUGUGAGAUCAGGAUAUUACUUUAUCCACUUCAGGAGCAGAAGCAUUGCUGCCACAUGGGAAAGCCAAUCAAUCGACCCAAGGACAGAAUUAGCAGCUUGCAAAGCAGUCACUACAGGCUGUUGGUUCUUGCAAACAGAGGCACAGAGUGCAUUUUCCCAUCUGCAUCCCUGUCUGAGAGCACCAUCCCUGGAGGUCAACUCAACUGUGGUGCCCAGGAUUCAGAAACACAUAAAACUGGAUUGAGUGGCAUAUCUUGCUACUUUCUCAACAGUGACCUUCCGGUAGCUUUAUAAUAGUAAAAUCUGGGUUGAGUUCACAUGUCAGAUUUAGGUUGCCAGCAAGAACCUUUUUGGUAUGAUCUCAUGCACCACAAGAAGCAUGCAAAGCUGAACUGAACCAUACGCAGGUUAAAACACUGCAAUAGAGGAAGGGUAGCAUGCAAAUAUAAAUUUCAGGAGCGGCAGCAACUCUCCACACUUCUGUAGACAGACACCUCACCUGCACUGAGUUUUGAAGAGCAUGAUGAGGCAACAUGGGGGUCUCACUGGAACUAAACUGGAGAAGUUCUGCUUCUCUUGCAGGUUUUACCAGGCAGCUCUUUGGUUCAAGACCAAUGCAACUAACUCAUUGCAACAUUGAAUCCAUUCAAGGGAUAAGGAGGUUUGACUAGAUGCUCACUUUUCAUAGAUUCUUAAAUGCUCUUCUCUUUCAUCGUUUCCUUGCAUAACUUUAUAUCAUUGAAUUCUAAUGGACUUUUGUUUAUUUAUUAAAGCAUUCUGUCCACCACCACCUCAGCUUCCCAAUGCCAUUGACAUAACUGAUACGAGAAACUAUAAGAGUGGUGAGGAGAUAAGCUUCAGAUGUCAGGAAAACUUCUUUCUUCAAGGGCCACAAAAAAUAAAAUGUGACAAUGGAAAGUGGCAAACCCCACCGCGCUGUUUAGGUUAGUAUGAUCUUCCUUUCAUAUUUCCCUUUUUUGUUUUCAAGAAGUCAGAGAAUUGAGGGUGGUGGUGUGUGAUUUAUAAACUAAAGAAGCAUAAUUUUUAAAAAAAAACAAAAAGAAACUAGAAAAUAUAAAUGACAAUGUGGCCUAAAAAAUUAUUCUAAGGACACAGUUAAACUUUGGAACCUACUCAUACAGAAGACAGUGAUAGCCACCAAGUUAGAUGGCUUGAAAAGAGGACUGGAGAAAUUCAUGGAGAAGGCCAUUGAUGCCUAUGCUUUGCAUAUACCAGUUGCUGCAAAUCACAGGAAGGGAGACUGCUCUUAUGCUCAGAUCAGGAUUGUAGGUCUCCAACAGACAUUUGGCUGCCCACUUGAGGAACAGAACGCUGGCCUAGAAGGGCCAUUGACCUGACCCAUCAGGCUCUUCCAAUGUUCUUAUUUAAUAAUGGGAAUUCAAACCAGGGAUGUGGCUGCUGCUGUGGUCUAAACCACUGAGCCUCUUGGGCUCGCUGCAAUGGGGUGAGCUCCGCUUGCUCUGCCCAGUUCCUGCCAACCUAGCAGUUCAAAAGCACACCACUGCAAGUAGAUAAAUAGGUACUGCUGUGGCGGGAAGGUAAACGGCGUUUCCGUGCACUCUGGUUUCUGUCACGGUGUUCCAUUGUGCCAGAAGUGGUUUAAUCAUGCUGGCCACAUGACUCGGAAAGCUGUCUGUGGACAAACACUGGCUCCCUUGGCCUGAAAGCGAGAUGAGCGCCGCAACCCAUCUAGGGGUCCUUUACCUUUUUUUAUAAAUAGUAAUGCACUUGUGAGGUAAUAAAGAUGCUUAUUCAAUAGAUCAGUGGUUCCCAAACUGUGCUCCAUGGAGCAUUCGGUGCUUCACAAAGCAUCCAAGUGCUCUGGGAAGAGAUUGGAAAGGAAAAUAAAUAAAUAUGUUUGUUUGGUAUAAGGGUGGAGAUAGUGCUCCAUGAUAAAUUUCUCUCCAAGAAGUUUGGGAGCCGCUGCAAUAGAAUGGCAGAAAUUAGAUGUAACACGAAUGGCAGCUGAUGCCAUAAGCAGCAACCAAGUGUCUUACACUCUUCCCCUGUUGUCCCCUACACAGCUGAUGAAGCAAAAUAUAUGAUGUGAUCUGAUCUGAUUGAUUGAUUGACUGUAUAUCCCACUCUUCUUUGCAUACCCAGGCAGAAUAAUAAAUAAAUAAAUAAAUAAAUAAAUUUCUUGUUUUUACCAUGCCCAUCUGGCUGGGUUUCCCUAGCCACUCUAGGCAACAUCCAAGAGAAUAUUGAAAACACGAUAAAUUAUCAAACAUUAAAAACUUCCCUAAACAGGGCUGCCUUCAGAUGUCUUCUAAAAGUCAGAUAGCUGUUUAUUUCCUUGACAUCUGAUGGGAGCGCCUUCCAUAGCAUGGAUGCCACUACCGAGAAGGCCCUCUGCCUGGUUCCCUGUAAUCUCACUUCUCGCAGUGAGAGAACCGCCAGAAGGCCCUUGGAGGAGGACCUCAGUUGGGUGGAGACACUCCUUCAGGUAUACUGGGCUGAAGCCGUUUCGGGCAGACAAACUCUGUUCAGGCAUUCUGUGAACAUGCAUAGAGGAAGGAGGGAGUUGCCAUCCUCCUCCUUACACAUGCCUUCAUUACAUACAGAACUUGAAUGCCUGAAGGAGACCGCUUGGCUGCAAAUAACUCCUCCAUUCUCCAACUUUCAAGACAAUGGCAUUGCACCCUGCAUAUUUCAUUGGCAACCUAUAAUUGGGCAUAAAAGGAGAAGAUAAAAUCCUGCAUUCCAUGAAAGAUACUAUGCAUGGUACUGAGCUAAGCAGUCUUAUGACUUGCUGUGGUUUGAAUUAACUAAGGCAGGGGUAGUCAACCUUUUUAUACCUACCGCCCGCUAAUGCAUCUUUCCUGAUGGUAAAAUUUCCUUACCGCCCACCAGUGCUCAAUGGGAGGAGGAUUCAGUUUGUGCCAUGGAACCCCCUACCGCCCACCUAGAAUCCUGAAACGCCCACUAGUGGGCAGUAGGGACCAGGUUGACAACCCCUGAACUACGGAAUGGAAAGUGUAGCUGAAAUCUUAAGCGCAUUUUUAUGAGAAUAACCCCCCACUGACUCACUUAACUGGAAAAAACUUCUUGGUAAACCUACUUAGGGUGUCUAGGUCCUUAACCACUCUCCCAUCUGCAGUGCACAUAUUAAUAAAAUAACAGAUAUCACAGCAAUACUAUAAGCCUCCAAAUUUCUUUCUUCCCUGCCUCUCUUUGUAAACCGACUUUGAAUUGGCUGCCUCUGAAACUUUCUACCAGAUGAAAAAGGAGAGAGCAGUUCUGCAUAUAAAACACUCUGGAAAUGUUUUUAUGCCAUUUAAUUGUAUUCAUGAAGGCCACAUGCUAUAUAACUCCCUUUCCAGAUACAAGAUGUGGAGACCCCCCUGCAAUUGCCCAUGGUGAGGUAAAUAAUAGUUCCCAGAGAAAGUAUCUUUCUGGUGAAAGUGUGGAAUAUCAUUGCCAUGAAGGUUUUGAACUUGGGGAAUCAAGUACUUCAACAUGCGAAAAUAGGGAGUGGUCCCCACCACCAACUUGCAGAGGUAAGAAAAUAUGCUUAUGAUAUAAUAAUGAUUUAUUAUUUACACUCCACCCAUCUGGCUGUGUUUCCCCAGCCACUCUGGGCGGCACUCAACGGAAUAUUAAAAACACAAUAAAACAUCAAACAUUAAAAACUUCCCUAAACAGAGCUGCCUUCAGAUGUCUUCUAAAAGUCAGAUAGUUGUUUAUUUCCUAGACUCUCUGAGCUGGACCUCAGCUUCCAUUCAAAAGUGGAGGGGUAACUAUAUAUCCAAUGCAGAGCUUUCAAUGAGACUUCAGUCUUAUUCCAUCAAGAGUAUGCAUGGAAGACAUUUUGCCAAACUGUCAGGGAAUUGGAGGCAGAGAAGGAGGAGAAGGGGGAGAGAAUGGGCACUUACAGAGAUCCUGUGCCUUUAAUUAGCAGUUGCUCCUCUUUGGACGAGGAAGGAGACAAAGGGCUGUCGGGAGACAAUGAAACUGAGGGGGGAGCCAUUUCUGGGAUCCAGCCACUCUCAGAGCAGAGGAAGAAGGGGGGCUAGGCUUAGGAGGUGGAUCUGCUGGGGGGGAAAGCGGAAAGAGCCAUUCACGGCAACUGGCUGAUUGUGAUGGUGUCGUUCUUUUGAACUCUUGUAAAUACUUUGAAGCAACCAAUAAAUCUCUGUAAAUAUGGCUGGAUUCCCGGACUCUUAUCUCUGCUAGCAUUCACAACUCAUCUUUGACACAAACCUAUAGAAAUUGUGACACUGCCUCACUUGAAGUGUCCUGCCAACCAGCAAACAUUCAGAGUUUUGAAAUAUUCUCCCUCUUGCAGAAUUGAGGGUAAUUCAACUUGCAGUCUAACAUUUUGUUGCUUUAAUAUUUCAGCCAUGGCCUUGCUUUUGGUUUGGGGCAGCACUUGAAUGUCUCAGAAACUUUUCAGGGGCUUCUCAGUGAGAAGCUGGUUUACUGGCUUACCAUCCCUAGUCAGAACAGACAAGCUUCUGUGAAAGAAAACUUGAUCGACAGAACCUGAUCCACAUUUACUGGUUUUCCCCUGCAAUGCACAGCAGCAAAAGGCAUAAUGUGUAUUAUGGGCUCCACUGUAAGAUUAUGUGGGGCAGUGGCAGAAACCAACAGGUAUAGCCAGUGCUUAUUUUCUAAGAUAAUGUUUAGGGGCACUCUCAUUUUGACUCAAGAAAAUCACCAUUUUAUAGUUCAGAUUGGGGAAAAUAAAUACAGUAAAUGGACAAAAGUACAAAGAUUCACAAAAUGUUUAGGAGUAUGCGUACCCCCAGGAAAAAAGCACUGGAUAUAGCCACUGCCCUGCUUAAACUAAGAAUGUGCUUUAGGUUGUGACUCCAGAAUCCUGCAAUAUUUAGGAUUUCUUUGGGAGUCAAAUUGAAACGUGAGAGCAGGCAAUUAGGAAGCUGGUAUAAAAGUUUGAAAACCACUGGACUAAGGACCUGGCCAGACUUAAACAUGUAUCUAAAUUCUGUGGAUUGGCCAUAGCAGACAUAUUAAAUUACUAAACCAUCUGUUUUAUUUCCCAGUAAUAUUUAUGUUCUUCAGCAUUUAACCCAUUGUGAACUUCUCUGAUUACUGAUCCCUCUGCCUUCAUAUUUCACUCUUGGGGAGGGAAACAACCAACAACACACAACUCCCUUCAGCCUUUGAAAUGCAGCUUUGUUCAGCAUUUUAGUAGGGAAAUCCAGACACAGGUAUGGUGACAUGUUUUGAGAAUCAUAUUUUCAUUUGUAUUAUCUUCUCAGAAAAGUCAUGUGGGGAGCCUCCCAGACUCACUGAUGCAGCAUAUGAAGGUUUAAUAAAAAAUCACUAUGAGCCUGGGGACCUGAUACCUUUCAAAUGUGCGCCAGGUUAUGCUACAGAAGGACCACGGAAUAUUACAUGCCACAAAGGAAAGUGGUCGGAAGCUUCAACCUGUGAAGGUAUGUUGCAUGUUUUGCCUGGAUAACCGUUCUAAAGGUAGUUUACUUCUGGGAACAGAGCGAUUCAACCACUGGUUUGAACAGCAAGGGGCAUAGUGAGCAAGCAAGUACAUCUCUGUAGAUGUUUAGGCUCACAAAUGUGAUUCUGCUUAAAUCCUUUACAUCUCCAGUUAAAAUGAUCUGGGGUAGAAAGGCUUGGAAUGAACUCUGGUGAUACCUUGGAGAGUUCUGCUGAUCAGCAAUGGCAAUACAGUGCUACAUCGGUUUACGAACUUAAUCCGUUCUGGAAGUCCGUUCUUAAACCAAAGUGUUCUUAAACCAAGGUGUGCUUUCCCAUAGAAUGUAAUGGAAAAUGGAUUAAUUCGUUCCAGACGAUGAAAAACAACCCCUAAACAAGAAUUUAACAUGAAUUUUACUAUCUAACGAGACCAUUGAUCCAUAAAAUGAAGGCAAUAAUCAAUGUACUGUACUAUAAAAUAAAUAAGACAGUAUUGUAGUUGAUAAAAAAAAUUGAAAUUUUUUCCUUAUGUACACUGAUGAUAGUCAUUUUUUGGAUGGGGGGCUUUUAUCCAUUUCUGCAGUCACACAAUCAACCAGUAGCUGUACUGGGUUCCAUACAGUCACAAAAACGAAGGCACAAGCCACAGUCACAAGUCGGUCCCGUAAAACGAAGAACAAGUCACAGUCAAAAAAAUGUGAAAGCCACACAAACAAAAACGCAAAAAUAUAGCAAAAAUAAAAGCUCCAAAUGUCACCUCUGUAUUGUGUGGGUGCUGGGGACUCAACAGGAAGCCUCUGAUUAGCAGUGGGGGACUUCAAUUUACAAACAGAACACACUCAACAGGAAGCGGAACAUGUUCCGCUUCCAAGGCAAAGUUCAUAAACCAAAACACCUACUUCCGGGUUUGCAGCGUUCUAUUUCCCAUUUGUUCAUAAACUAAGCUGUUCUUAAAUCAAGGUACCACUGUAGUGUGCUUGAUCAGGCAAUAAUCUGGGCUCACCCACACUGACCUUUCAUGCUGCACUUUCUAGGCAGAGCUCCAAGCUUUAAAGCUCCAUAUCUGAGAGCUUUUCUGUGGAUUGCUGUUUGCUCCGAUUCAGCAAUGAAUGGGUGUUUGUGAGAAAAGACAGCUUCCGAUUUAUGUGAAUGCUACUAGAUGCAGAAUGUUCUCUGACAAAUCAGAGAAGUGGUCAGCCACUCCUACGCUUGGAGAAAAGAGAGCUUCUGAUCAACAUCACGGGUCUUUCUAGUGCAGCCUUCCUGCUCCCCUAGGGUACCCUUUUAUUGUAUCAGCACCUGAGUAGUCCCUGCAAGCAGUGUGUCCCAUCGUACUGUACCUCUCUUAUCAACCCAGGAAGAAGUGGGCCCAUAGCACACACAUAACCUCUUUUCGGGUUGGAAUCUUGCUGGGAAAUCUAUACAACGUUAAAAAACUGAAAACAGUAAGUUUUUGGAUGAAGGCUCUUACUGCCAGCACUAGUUCCUUGGCAAGAUUCAUUCUGGCAAAUCCUCUCUGGUGGUGUGAACACUGUUGCAAGUGAUGGUGGGAGCAACAGCUCCUUCUUUGCUUCCCUCCCAUGCCUCACAAACAGAGAAGGCAAACAGCAGUGAUUACUCCAACCUUCCAUCAUUCCCCAGAGGGCAACCUCCUGACUCCUCCUCCAUCUCCCAUCUCCAGUCUCAAAAGCAUUGCAGAGAGGAAUGUAGAUCCCUGCUCUGCCAAUAUUAAUUUCCAAUUUGUUUUAUGAAGGAAUUGGGAAGUGGGGAUCAUGACAUUGCAAGUGUGGAUGAAUGGAAUGCAUGCUUCUUUAGAACUUGGUAUGUUUGGAUGAAUGGAAUGGGUGGUUGGGGACAACAUUUAUUCUUUUUUGUGGAGUGGGGCAUUUUUGCCCCACCAUUAGAUUGUAGGGCCUCAGAGGCUGGCUGCAUUUAAAUCCUGUCCCCAGGCUUCAACUUCCCCACCCCUGAUGUAAACUAAGUGAUACACAUUGUAAAUUGGUUUUCUGAUGGUUAUAUUUAGGAAUUUAGUGCUGAAUCCCAGGUUCUGCUGCCGUCAUAAUUGUAGAUGUCCCUUUGUCAAAUUUAAACUCUGCCCUGAAUAAAUGAUAUUGCCUAAUACAAUUCAAUUAAAGGGCAGUGGCAACAUCCAGCCAAAUUAUUCAAUGUAGUUAUUCUUCCCACUGAAAUCUAUGCGACAUAGAGCUUAACUUGGCCUAUAUUAUAGCAGAACAAGUCAAGUAUCUUAGAACUACAGUGGUACCUCAGGUUAAGUACUUAAUUCGUUCCGGAGGUCUGUACUUAAUCUGAAACUGUUCUUAACCUGAAGCACCACUUUAGCUAAUGGGGCCUCCUGCCGCCGGGGCGCCGCCAGAGCACAAUUUCUGUUCUCAUCCUGAAGCAAAGUUCUUAACCUGAAGCACUAUUUCCAGGUUAGCGGAGUCUGUAAUCUGAAGCGUAUGUAACCUGAGGUACCAUUGUACUUAAACUAAAUGGCCUUGGGUUAAAAUAACUGUCUGAGGUAUGGAUGGAUCUGUCAAUUUCAGUUCUUCCAGCUUCUCAUUUUUCCUGGGCUGCCCAGACAAGAAGACCCCCCUCUCAGCUUUGCUGAUGUGGUUCAAAGGAAAGCAGUGCAAUACAUUUGGCACCAGCUUGGCUGUAGCAGUUGCUGGAAUGAGGUGUACAAGGUGCCAUCCAACUGUUUUAGGGACUCUGCUCUGGAUUUGUGUAGGGUUUACUUUCCUUCUCCUAAAGAUAUCCCUCAAGGCAGUGAAGAUUCAGGAUCAGAGCUUUCGUUCUCCUAGAUCGGCUACCUAGUUGGUGAGCCCCAUCUGCCCCUCACAGCAUUUGUAGAAACUGCCUUCUUAACUGUUGGACCCACUCUUGGUCUUUGCAUGCAGGUGUGGUAGUUAAACCAAUGUUUGGCUUUAGUUAGGCAUUGGACAGCAGGAUUGCAGUUAAGCUUGGUCCUCCUUAACCAUGAUCUGUAAACAUAGGCACCAUCUCCUAGGGGCCGAGACAUUUGGGGGUGACUUCUUUCCCUUGCACAGGGACGCGGGUGGCGCUGUGGAUUAAACCACUGAGCCUAGGGCUUGCUGAUUGGAAGGUUGGCGGUUCGAAUCCCCGCGAUGGGGUGAGCUCCUGUUGCUCGGUCCCUGCUCCUGCCAACCUAGCAGUUCGAAAGCACGCCAAAAAGUGCAAGUAGAUAAAUAGGUACCACUCCGGCGGGAAGGUAAACGGCAUUUCUGUGCACUGCUCUGGUUCGCAAGAAGCAGCUUAGUCAUGCUGGCCACAUGACCCGAAAGCUGUACGCCGGCUCCCUCGGCCAAUAAAGCAAGAUGAGCGCCGCAACCCCAGAGUCAUCUGCGACUGGACCUAACAGUCAGGGGUCCCUUUACCUCUUUCCCUUGCACAGCAGCCGGCUGGGGAGGAUUGGGUCCACCUGCUGCUGGGGCCACGCUGCAGCCGCAUUUGGCUCCACCGCCCAGCUCUGUGUGAUGUUGCACAUGUGACAACAGGGCGUUCCAUGGGGCCCCUGCAAUGUUUUUGAGAAGUUGGUGACUCUGUCUGUAAGCAAGGUUUGCUUGCAUUAAGCUCUUGCACUCUUAUCUUUGUGUUUGUUCACAUUAGGUUCUGGUAUUCUUUUUUUAAAAAAAGAAUGAUGGGUAUCUAUUAUGCAGAAAGCACAAUUUGUGGAGGAAAAGUUUAUUUGUUGGUUUCCUCUCCCCAUUUAGAUGCAACCUGCGGAGAGCCGCCUGCAGUUGCCAGUGCUGACAUUGUGGCGGGGACAGCAGAGAUCUAUCUGCCUGACCACGAGGUGCAUUAUCAGUGCCAUGAAGGUUUUGAAAUCUCUGGAUCGCCUAAUGUAACAUGUCAAAAUAAGGAGUGGUCAGAUCCACCGACAUGUGUAGGUAAGACCUGGCAUUGCAGGUGAUGAUGAUGAUAUUUUUUAUUAUUUAUACCUCACCUAUCUGGCUGGAUUUCCCCAGCUACUCUGGGUGGCUUACAAGAUAUCUAAAAACAAAAUAAAAGCAUCAAUCCUUAAAAACUUCCCUAAACAGGGCUGUCUUCAGAUGUCUUCUAAAAGUCAGAUAGCUGUUUAUUUCCUUGACAUCUGAUGGGAGGGCAUUCCACAGGGCGGGCGCCACUACCGAGAAGGCCUUCUGCCUGGUUCCCUGUAACCUCACAUCUCGCAGUGAGGGAAUUGCCACCAGGCCCUCGGAGCUGGACCUCAGUGUCCGAGCAGAACGAUGGGUGUGGAGACUCUCCUUCAGGUAUACUGGGUUCCUGAUCUUCCUUCUGUGUGCCAAAUAUAAACGUGAAAAAGGAUGUGGAAGAAACUGGGAAGAGAUUACAAAAUGUCUGAUGGCCAAGGCAGAUAUUUUAUUUCUGACUUAAAACUGGAGGCGUGCUUUACUGUUACAGCCAAAGAAGUUUAUUUUUAAAGUCCUAACAAGGAGAAUUAUCCACCUGUGUGAGUCCCUGUUUUCCGUGUGCCCUCCUCUGAAAGCUGGCAAUUUUGCCUCUGCAGUGGAAAAUACUGCAUGAUAGAAUGGUAUCCCAGUGUUAAGACAUGCCUCUUUCCAGUCAGCCUCAGAUGGGGAAGGGCAGCAAUAGAGCAUGGAAACUGCCUCUCAUACUGUGCAUUUUGGGCUCAAAGAAGACUUGAAUUGUAUAGGAGAAUUUCAAUAUUGCAAUGUACUAGCAGGGAUCGAAGACAGGUUUUGUAUGCGCAAUGCGCCACGUUCAGUCCCUGGCAUCUCCAGGUGGAGCCUAGGACAAACCCCUGCCUGACCUCCUGGAGAGCCUCUACCAGUCCAUAUGGACCAGGGAUGGGGAACCUGUGGCCCCCCAGAUGUUGUUGCACUUCCCAUCAUCUCUGACCAUCAACCUUGCUGGCUGGGGAUGAUGGGGGAUGUAGUCCAACAACAUCUGGAGGGCCACAGGAUCCCUGACACAGAUAAAAUUGAUCUAGGUGGACCUCAGUGCUUUUUGUGUUCCAGGCAGCAGGGAAGAAGAGUUGCCAUAUGCACCUUGACUUACCCUUAAAUGACCCAAUACAGCUGCCAUUUUCAGGGACUUUUCUUCCUGGACUCAUUUACAAAAGUGUAGUGCAGGUGGUUUUCCACAAGGCAAGACACAGUGAUAACAACAAGAACCUUUAUUGAACUAACAGAACUGGACAACAGGGGCAAAGGAACUGCUUAUGUACAUUUCUGAAGGCCUGGGCCACUCCCACUCCCAACGUGAUUGGCUGCCUAAACUUCCAAGCUGUGAAUUAUGACUCGAAGUUUAAGGGCCAAUGGCAGAGGCCCAAAUCCUGAAAUGUUCUGUGAUUGGAUAUAAUGUAUCGAAUCAGAACAUAGGGGCUCAGAAUUCUUAGUCCAGACUCAAACUCAGGCAAACACAGACCACUGAAUACAUAACAAAAAGCAAACACUUUUGACCUCUAACUUUUAUAACUAAGAAUGACAGCACUGGGGUUGCAAAUAGCAGGCUCGUGGCUUGAGGUUGCAACCCCGCAAGCAUGUGCUCUUUUCUCAGCUUCCUCCAGUGCAAGUUUAUUCUGAGUCGAACAGGGCUCUUUCCUAAGUCUAUGUGUUUAUGGUAGAUAGGAGUAGAUAGGAGCCUAUACCCUCGAUGGGGGUUGGAGACCAGCAAUUCUCACAGUUAGGACAGUAUCCUCUCUUAUGACAUAUUUUGUCCAGUCUCAGAAUGUUGGAACAAACUGGUAGGUGUUGUUUUGUGGGAACAGAAUGCAUUUUCAAGGAUUGAAGAAGCUUUCUCUAUCAUUUCAGAUGUAACAUGCCCUCCCCCACCCCGGGUUUCUAAUGGUCAGAUUACGACUGAUCUCAAGCAAAGGUACUUGCCUCUUGAGAAGGUCCGCUAUCGCUGUCGCCAAGGAUUCAGCCUUUUUGGAGCUUUUACAGUAAAGUGUGUGAACAAAGAAUGGUCAGCAUCACCAAGAUGCAUAGGUAUUUGAUGUCCAAUUUUUAAAUAGUCUAAAAGAGAGGAAUAUAACAUUCUUCCUUUUAAAAAAAUAAAGUUGUAUGUUAAAUUUUGCACUGUGCGGAUUCUUGCAUAGUCUUGGACUGUCAUUUAUUAUUUACCUUCUGCUAAUCUCUGGGCUAUGAGGAAUAUACCAGAGGAAGUCAAGACUGAAGUGUUUACUAUGGGAAAACCAACAAGCUUCAUCUAGAACAGGCCUGAUGGAGAUUCCUAUGGGAUUACUCAGUAGUUGGAGGUGGUAGUUUUCCUUCAUUGACCAAUCAUCACGAUUGUGAUUGGGAAGAAAUCCAUGCAGACCAAAUUGGUCUUCUACAGCACAAGGUGGCUUGCGAUGCUUAUUUAAAUCAAUUUGAGCUAUUUGCGAUGUAAUCAUCUGUUUGUGGCACAUGUUGAUCUAGACUGUCUAUGCCAAUCUGAUUCCAGUCUCCCUCCCAGAUGACUGUGAUUCAUAGCAAAGAAUAGACUAGAAGUAUUUUUGUCUUUUCCAGCACUAGUAGCCAUUGUCCCUUGAACUGUAAUAAGUACAGAAGAACUGAGAUAUCUCAGCCUUUCUAUAAUAAAUUCAAGUGGAAUUUAUAGUACUUGAUGCAUUCUCAAGACACACACGUGCCCUCUUGUUCUCUAGGAAAUUGUUGAGUCAAUUGUUCAGCUGGAUUACUCAGCUCUAGAUGACUGGGAGCUGCCUGUGUACCUUGAAGUAUGCCAUUUGAGGUGGUGAGGGUUGUGUUGUUAUAUGUGUUGUGGAUCAUUUAGACAUUCGUUCCAUCAUUUGGCUAACGCUUAUAACCUCAUAAGUAAGAAUAACAUUAUGGUUUUUUACACCAUCAAUGCAUAAGGUGCUUUAAAGCAUAAGAGUGGGGGUGGAGGGGAGACCAUGCAGAAAAAUAAGAACAGGUCCGUUCCUGAAAGAGCUUACAAACUGAACUUUAGUAGACUGGAGAGGUAGGAACAUAAACACAAUACUGGAUGAGACUAAAGGUUCAUCUACUGUGCUUUGCACAGUACCUAACAGGAUGGCUUUGGAAAACCCACAUGGAGGACAAAAUCUGGACGGCGACAAGGCAAGAAAGAGAGAGGUGAAUAGGUCAUAUUCAAAUAUGUCUGCCCAAAUUGAUGGGGUGCACCCUGCCUCAUCCCAUCCCACUUCAGACAUUGCUAAGCAGAAAGCCAAACACUUCAUGGCAAAGGCGGUUUUAGAACCAGUGGAAUGACCCCCAUUCAACUGCAGCAAACUUAGUGCUUCAAGAUGUUGAUGGACUGCAACUCCCCUGACCAUUCGCCAUUCUGGGACUGACUGGAGUUGUAGUCCAGCAAUAUCUAGAUAGCAUCACACUCGCUACCCCCAAGUUGCAUGUUUGGGGCAGGAAUUCCAGACAUCACAGGCAGAAAGGAAAAAAACUAACAGAGGUGUUUAUGGAAGCACAAGAUAUUCAGGCACCAGCAUUUUAUAAACUUCUAUGCUUCUGCAGGGGACACGGGUGGUGCUGUGGGUUAAACCACAGAGCCUAGGACUUGCUGAUCAGAAGGUCGGUGGUUUGAAUCCUCGCAACGGGGUGAGCUCCCAUUGCUCGAUCCCUGCUCCUGCCAACCUAGCAGUUCGAAAGCAUGUCAAAGUGCAAGUAGAUAAACAGGUACCGCUCUGGUGGGAAGGUAAACGGCGUUUCCGUGCGCUGCUCUGGUUCACCAGAAGCGGCUUAGUCAUGCUGGCCACAUGACCCGGAAGCUGUACGCCGGCUCCCUCAGCCAAUAAAGCAAGAUGAGCGCCGCAACCCCAGAGUCAGUCACGACUGGACCUAAUGGUCAGGGGUCCCUUUACCUUUACCUUUUAUGCUUCUGCAGAAUCAUUUUUUACAAAUAGACACUUGCAAGACACCGAAAGAGAUUUUCAAAAACAGCAGAAUAUGAUAAAUUUUGAUAGUGAAGAGCUGAGCAAAAUUCAGAGGACAGCCGGCUCCUCCCCCCAAUGAGAUCCCAUCCAUGUCAAAAUAGGUUCUAGUUGUUUUAAUGAUUGGUCUAUUUGACCAACUAAGGAGGUGCUGAUAGAAUGUCAGCCACACUUGAAGAGACAUUAGAAAGACAAUUUGUUCACUGAUUAUUUCACCCAGCAGAUAUACAUAGCUCAAUAAAACAUAUAUUAAAACUUUUCUUCCUUUUUAAAUUAAAUCUUUGCAUGAUACUUUUCUUUUUUCCUGAUGUAGAAGCUGAAUUAUAGAAAUGCUUGUGUGCACAGCCAUAUGUGUAAUCCUAAUAAGUGCCAUGUAAUAGAUUCCUUUUUCUGUUUCAAUGCAUCACCACAGAUGCUGCGGGAAAAUGUGGUCCUCCACCUCCUAUUGAAAAUGGAGACUUUCUGGGUACGGCAACUUCGGAAUAUAUGCCAGGGGCAUAUGUACAGUAUAAGUGCCAAGCUUUCCACGAACUACAAGGAAAUCAAUAUGUACACUGUGUCGAUGGGCACUGGACAGAUACACCAACAUGCACAGGUACAGGAAAUUUCUCUAAAUCUUUGCUUUUUCUAUUCUAUUGAAGGAUAUUCAAUAAAUUCAAAAACUUGUGACCUAGUGGCACCAGUGUGGUGUCAGCAGUUGGCAUUGUUCUAUCUGUGUUUUUGCUUUUAGUUACCCUCCAUCCCAGCUCCUCCCACAAACUACAGGUAGUUCUCUCAUGAAGCAAAGUGAGCCACCCACCAAACUUUGGAUGCCUUUACUGAUAAUAGGCAGCCAUGUGGGUCGUUCCCUUUGCAAGGUUUUCCUCUCAGACACUGACUUUCCACUUUCCUUGCAGCAGUGAAUUCAAAUUCCCCUCAGUGCCUCUUCCUGCAAACAGCUGCAUCAACAAACUAUUAGAUGGGCCUUAAGGUUAAUCACAUCUAUAAUGAGCCUUCAAACUUCACGUUGUAAUGUUUUGGACAAAAAACAAUAGUUUAAGAAGAACAUUAACAAUAACCACUUGUGGAGACCAUAUUGUUCUUUACUCCAGAUAAGGCAAAGGGACAGGAGAUAUCUUACGGUUGUUGCAUCUUCUGACAAAAUUUGGGCUGUCAUUACAGGCAACCCUCACAUCUUGUUCUGCUGUUACUGAAUACCCUGAUAGGCCACAAUAAAACGUUCCUCCAUGACUUGAUCAUGGAUGAGGGGGCUGACCUGCUAUCUUCCUCACCAGGAAGCCAAUCCACCUGGGAGCCAGGGUUGAGUUGUUCCUGCUGUUGGGCCAGAGACACAAAACAGGGAUCCUGUUGAUGUACUGUUCGAUCUGAUGUUCACCAGCCUCUCUGUUUAAGCUAGUGGAGAUGAUCUGGGGAGUUGUACUGGAGAAUCCCCAAGCACUUCAUAGAAUCGUAGAGUUGAAAGGGACCCCAAGGGUCAUCCAGUCUAAGCCCCUGCAAUGCAGGAAUCUCAGCAUCCAUGGCAGAUGGCUAUCCAACCUCUGCUUCAAAACCUCAAGGAAGCAGAGUCCACAACCUCCCGAGGGAGGUGGAACAGCUCUUACUGUCAGAAAGUUUUUCUGGUGUUUAGUUAGAAUCUCCUUUCUUGUAACUUGAAGCCAUUGGUUUGAGCCAGAGCAGGAAAAAACUAGCUUGUUCCCUCUCCCAUGUGACAGCCCUUGCAAUAUUUGUGCUUGGACACUUCAUUUACAUGCUGAGGCUGCAUAUUCUGGACUGAGUCAAGGACCUCAUAGCUACCAGUGUGGUGUAGUGGUUAAGAGCCAGUGUGGUGUAGUGGUUAAGAGCGGUAGUCUCCUAGUCUAGGGAACCGGGUUCAUAUCUCCGCUCCUCCACAUGCAGCUGCUGGGUGACCUUGGGCUAGUCACACUUCUCUGAAAUCUCUCAGCCCCACUCACCUCACAGAGUGUUUGCUGUGGGGGAGGAAGGGAAAGGAGAAUGUUAGCCGCUUUGAGACUUCUUUGGGUAGUGAUAAAGCGGGAUAUCAAAUCCAAACUCUUCUUCUUCUUCUAUCAUGACAACAGCCACAUACUGCUAUAUAAUAUAUAAUAAUAUUGGUAUCAGACCCCAAUUCAGAAAGCACCCAAUUAAAUGUGGACUGCUACUGAUGGUUUCUUCACAUUGGCUGAAUCUCAACUCAGAAAAUCUAAAGCUUGUGACUCCCAAUUGGUUUUAAUGGGGAAAAUAUUCAAAUUGCUAUUUAUUUAUUUAUUUAUUUAUUCACUUGACAGAAGCUUUACUUAUUUUUCCUCAGAGGAGACCCACUGAUGGGACCACAUUAUCAAUCUCAAUUUAUUUCAGUGGGUUUGACUUAGUAUGACUAACUUUGGACACAAUCCACAGGGUUGGUUUUCGUUUCUCGUUUUGGUCAAGUGAAUUCCUCGUUGUCAAAUUAAUCUCUUAGAUGACAUGAUUUGUGCCUUUCUACAGUUCCUUGUACAGCAACUGAAGAAGAUAUGAAUCAAAACAAUAUACGGCUGAAGUGGACAUCCACUCGGAAAAUCUAUUCCACAUCUGGAGACGAGACAGAGUUUGCCUGCAAAUGGGGCUUUCAGCAAGAUCCAUCCUCGCCUCCCUUCAGAGCCCAAUGUAGAGAGGGCAAGUUGGACUACCCAAGAUGUAUACCUGUAGGUACAUUGCAGGUAAAGCAUAAUAACAGAAAAAUCUAUGAUUUUUGUUUAGCUAUAGAAAGCAAUGUGCAUUACAAAAUAAAUGUUUUUGAAAUUUUCUUGGUCUACAGCAGAUUUUCGAUUCCCCCCCCCAUCUAUACCCGUUUUUCUCAUCUCCUCCCAGAGUUACUCUUCUUUGUUGUUCAUCAUCUCUUAUUCUCUCCUCUCACCUUCCCUUUCUUUCAUUGCUUUCUCCUUUCUCUCUCAAAGUCCUAGACAGAAUUAAAAUGAGAAAAAGUAGUUCUGCUGCCACAAGUAAAGCCCAAAGUAAGCCAUGACACAAUCCACCUUUGGGUAUGAAAUGCCACAAGUGUGUUAGUGCUUCCUUACUCAGCCUUUAGAAUAAAUUCACCAGGACCAUUUAAACUUCAGUGCUCCUAAGCAUCAGAAUCGUCACAUUGUGGAGUAAGCAUCUCUUGUUGCUCUUUCACUCUGAAUGAAUGGAUUCAUGAUAUUUCCCAGGAUAGUUCCAUAAUUCACACACACAAACCCCCAAAAAAUCUCAGCUGGUCUCAUAUAUACAGCAGCAGUGUGGUGUAGUGGUUAAGAGCAGUAGACUCAUAAUCUGGUGAACCGGGUCUGCGUCUCUGCUCCUCCACAUGCAGCUGCUGGGUGACCUUGGGCUAGUCACACUUCUUUGAAGUCUCUCAGCCCCACUCACCUCACAGAGUGUUUGUUGUGGGGGAGGAAGGGAAAGGAGAAUGUUAGCUGCUUUGAGACUCCUUAAGGUAGUGAUAAAGCAGGAUAUCAAAUCCAAACUCUUCUCCUCCUUCUUCUUCUUCUUCUUCUUCUUCUUCUUCUUCUUCUUCUUCUUUGCGGUGCAACACUGAGUCUGUAUUAGCACCUGAUUUCUGACUGGUUUUUCAAGUCCCCGCGACGGGAUGAGCUCCUGUUGCUCGGUCCCUGCUCCUGCCAAUAUAGUAGUUUGAAAGCAUGUCAAAGUGCAAGUAGAUAAAUAGGUAAAUAGGCUCCAGGGGGAAGGUAAACGACCUUUCCAUGCGCUGCUCUGGUUCGCCAGAAGUGGCUUAGUCAUGCUGGCCACAUGACCCGGAAAAACUGUCUACAGACAAACGCCAGCUCCCUCGGCCUAUAGAACAAGAUGAGCACUGCAACCCCAGAGUCAUCCAUGACUGGACUUAACUGUCAGGGGUCCUUUACCUUUUUUAAUCUUGGGUUGAGUCCAACCCUUUAAAUUAGUGUUAAAGUUUACCUAUCAAUAUCAGAAAUGUUUGCCUAACAAGGCAUAUUUUGCACAUGUGGAAUGCGAUUUUUAAUGCCAUCACUCACAGAAAAUGAUGUUUGACCUUUUAUUGUAACACAGAUAAUUUGGAAAGUAAUAAUGGCAGCAAUGAUUGUGCAAUGGGGUUAUCAGUGUCUGUUGAGUGACUCUAGACAAAAAAAAAUUGAAACGAUCUUAUAAUUAUUACAUAGUGUUACUUGCAUAUGGAACCAGUUUAAUAUAAUAAAUUAAUCAAAGACUCUUAGUAGGUAUCUACACAAAGGAUAAUUAUAUAUGUAUGUAACCUUACAUUUUCAUUGCUUACUUUCUAUUUAGCAGUGACAACAAAAGUAAUUGGAAGAAGCAUACAGAAGACAUUUUUAACCAGCACCUGAUCUUCAAAAUUCAUUGAUGAUUUAUUUUUAAUAUUAUCAAAUCAAGCUACUUCUUCACAAACACCAAUAGAUUUUCCCAUGGAUUAUAUGCAGCUGCUCACAAUGGAUCAUGGGCCUAAAAUUGGAAGCCUACUUCCUUGAAGACACACUCGUAACAUUUAAGGAUUGAUACAAUGAGUAUAGAUGUAGGCCUGGUUCACUUACAAUAAUUUCUACUUUAAAGCAUCUUGGAAAAUGUUAUAGGAAGGAAAGAAAUACACCAGGAGACAAUAACCCAAGAGUUUUAUAUAAACAUUUCCAGCUCUGGACUUUUGAAUUCUCAGUGAGUACUAGCAGCUGUAAAUAAUACACUAGUUGUGUAAAACUGCAGUGAAUUUUUGUAAGCUUGUAGGGCUAUCAUGUUCAUUAAAAAAUAAAAAUAAAAGCACUUGUUUAAAAAAAAUUAUGUCCUUUGUUAGUAUAUAAUAAAAACAAAUAGCAUACAAAUUAUUGUUUUUUAAUGUACUAGUAGCAAACUUACUAUGGGAGGAAACCCCAUUGAGUACAUUGAAACUUACUUCUGGGUUAACGUUUAUAGGAUUGUAGUAUUACAGAGGCGGAUUUAGAUCAGUGUGACUGGUUCUGCUGCACUGGGCACUGAGCCUGUGGCAUCACAGGGCAUCGCAACUAUGACAUGGUGAAUUGAACAGAACAGAAGGGGGGGUUGCUGAAUUUGGGCCCCACAUAGGACACUGCUGAAAUCUGAAAGACCACAUUAUGCCCCUGACUAUUACUAUUGCUUGUGAAUAUGCUCAGAUAAGUGUAUUGACCCUUUGGCAUAUUAACAGCCCCACAGAUGAGAUAUGUGGCUGCAUUGGUGGCUACUGGAAUUUGGGAGUAAAGAUCUGUUUCUUAUGUCCUUAAAUCCCAGUAUUAACAAACCAUGAAAGUAUCUGUCAAAUCAACCUUUCUAGUCCUGUUUUCCACAGUAAGCAAUCAUAUACCUCUGGUACGCCCAAAAUGCAACAACAUUAUCUUGUGCAUGUUUCCUAACUAGGGAUAGAUUUUGUUUCUUUUGCUUCUCUGUUUCCCAAUCUUAAGUUCUCUUGCUCCCUUUAUAUAUUUUGCUGUUUUAUAAAUG